UAGACGGAAAUCUGUGAUUGAGUUUGCCAAACAGUUAACAUUUUCUGUAUUCAAACACCGAAAAAUAAAAAAAAUAGACUUGUGGGUUUAUACGAUACAAAAACGGAGUCUUGAGGAAGCGUGCGAAGAGCCAAUAUAUUUACAAGUAAGACUUUUGUACUGUUAUUUAUUUGGCAGACAAACUACCAGGCUAACUACUUAUGGCUAACUUGUUAGCUCCUGGAAAGGCUUUAAUUCACGGUGUAGUGCUAAUGUUUACAACAGUUUCUGAACGUUUCUAAGAUGGAGAGGUUGUUCACAAAUUAUAUUAGAUUUAGAAAGUAUUUACAUGUUUCACAGCCGCUACGAGUCAACAUUGUUAUUACAAAAACCGUUAAAACAUUAAAAAACUUAGUGGAGCAAAUAUUUGAUUCAUUUAACUGAUUGGCACUCAAUUAUUGAGUAGAAGAUAGCCAAAUACAUGCAACUUUCAAAUCAACUAUAUGAAAACUGAAGAUUAUGUUUGCACUGCAGAAAUCUCACCUCUUACUGCAGUGAAUGUGUCUUCUUUAAUGCUCAGGAUAUCUCUUUAUGUUGAAAACAAGCUGCCAAGGUCUGACAGGUCCAAGUAGAAAUACAUGAUAAUUCAAGUCAAAAUUUUGUUGCUUAGUUUCUUGACACAAAUGUUGCAUUUUGUUUUGAGAAACUUAAAACUUUAUGAAACAGUCUCUAUUUUGGCCUGUAACAACACAACCUUCUGAAGAGCCAGUCAUGACAUGAAUCUACAAAGUGCAAAAACCAACAAAAGAUGCAGCUUGGGUGUGUGCAGGAGCAAUCCGUCUGGGAAAAUAUGCUUUUACACAAAUUUUAUUAAUAAUAUUUUUGAUUUUACCUGAGUAAAUUCAAAGACUUGUAGUUUUACUUCUACUGCGAAGAAAAUAUUAUUAAAAUCUUUCACUCUGGUUGAAUAUUUUAGCACCCUUUCAACCCCUGAUCAUUUCUUGUAAACAUAUUGUUUAAUUCAUGGUGGAUUGGGGAACAGACUAACAAGGUCAGUUAAAAAAGGAUCACCUUUGACUCAGCUUUAUCAAUAAUCCUUGCUGGCAUAUUUUCUGUUUUCUGUACUGGUUUAUGUACUGAUUUGUCUUCUCUAUUGCUCUCUGUUUGACAUCAGUGAGUCUAUCAGAAGAGCAACAGAAUAGCAGUCCAUCCAGCAGAGGUGAAGUGGAGGUGGAGGAACAUAAGGAGGACAAAAUCCCUCUGGUGGCUCUUGCACCUGAUGCGUCACUCCCAGAGGAGCAGCCCACUGCAAGUGCUGUUGUCUCCGCUUGUUCUGCUUUCCAGAGCUUAGAUGAGGUAAGACUCACAAAUGUUAUUGAAGGAUCAUAUUCCUUAUUAGAUAGCAUCCUCAAGGUUUCAUACAGAAGACAGGCCCCAUGUUUGGCAGUUGCAGGAAUUUGGUCAUACAUGCUUAAAGGCAUGUUUGUUUACAUAUGAAUGAGACUUGCAAAUAAAUCUCACCCUGUAUCAAUUUACAGCUAAACUGCUUUUUAGACUACACCAUAAUUCUGACAAAUACUUCUAAAGAGAAGUGACUUUUAAAUUUGAGGCCACAGUCUGAUGUAAACUUCAAAAUACUGCAAUGUACCACAGCCUUGUAGUUAGAACUUUAUUCAUUUUUUGAUACAAAAAGUGCAUAUCUUUUGGCAUGACAGCUGAAUAUGAACGAUAGAAAAGAUCAAUAUUGUACACACACAAAGCUCCAAAUACACACACAUAAGUACUAUGAAUGGUCACAAUAAUGCACAGUCUUUAUCAUUGCUCGAAUAUCAACAAUCAUUAAACCUUGUUCAGUCUGCCCUGUGUUUUUUUUAUAAAAGCUGUCAUAUCUCACAAAAUAAAAUAAAUACUGUACACGUUCUGAAAGCAGAAACUUAUCCAAACCUUCCCAUUCACAGUGUGUAUAGAAUGGACUAAAAGAUGCAAUACAGUAUUGUAACAUUAGGCAGCAGUAUUGUACAAGUGAUGAGUCUGGUAAGCUUUUUUUUUACAUGUGGAAACUGGUGCAUGGCAUGAAGAAAUGUGCUGUACUUCAUUGCAGCUGUAGAUGAGGAUUGGAAGAACAAUAAGAGCGUUUUGAUUCUCCUGCAGCAGCGUCCUUCUCUUUGGCUGCUGUCACAAACAAUUUACUCAAGCAUCAAUAACCCAGAAUGCACUUGGGUGUGAUCCAAUCGAAAAUCCAGCUCAGGCUGCGUAUUAUUAUACUUGGGUAUUUAAUAUUGUAUAGAAUGAUGAUACAUUAGUGGAAGUGUCUCAGUGUUAUUAAAUAAACCAGAAAGAAACUAUUACUUUUGCACGACUGCACUGCUGCAGUUCUUGUAGUCUUUUAAACAGUUUGACUCCGACCCCAGCAUGAAGUCUUUUGCAAUGAAUUUCAAUCCCACUCAAAGCUGUAUCAUUACCUUCCAUAUACCUCACUUGAGUGGCUGCUUUUAAUUAUUAAACCAUUUAGAGCGGGGGAAAUGAUAGCUCAUUACUUUUUACUACUACUGUGUGCUGUGCGGCAUCUCCGCUGGGUUUUAUAUCAGGAGGCAGCGGAACAGAAAGUGGAGAAAUGUCAGUGAAACAGUGAAAAAUCUCUCAUGGUAACCCCCCAUAUAAUAUUAUAGCCUCUAUAGGGGGCUGGCCUUUACACAGCAUGUGUGGUGAUUUUUUUUUUUUUUUACUUUUUUUCUUUUUUGUUCUCCCAUCAUGGUUUAUAGUCCUCUUUUUUAUUGGCAUCAUUUUGCUUCACCAUUUCGAAGGCCACACUCACUAAAAAGGACAAAGUAUAGCACAGUUUAACAAUUAUUUUUGUUUUUACUGCAUUCAACUGUCUACAGAGCUUAAAACCGUUUUUUCUUUUUACAUGUAUGCAUGUGAAAGUGUGCAAAUGACUGACUAUGUGUAUGAGUUUCUGAGUGUACUCCCAUUACUGACUGUCUUUCUUUGUGUCUACCUGUCCAUCUGACUAUACUCAAGUGUAUGUACCUGUCCUCUUAAGGGGCAUAGUUCUUGGGCCGUAUCAUCAUCUUGACCGUUUUGAAGGCCUGCCUGUAGUUGGUGGGGUAGUACUCCGUUGACAUGUUAUGCCAUGUUCCCCAGAAGAUCCCGUUCCUGACUCCCUUGUACCUCUUGUGGUAGUACUUUCCGUUGAGGUUGGCCGACAUGCAGGCAUCAAACCACCAGCCGGAGCUGUAGUAGGCGCCGCAGUUUCCAGAGGGGUACAUGUCAUUGUCACGGUCAGGCGUAGAGAAGAACUUCUGGUCGUGGUUGAAAUGUUUGUUGAAGCUGAUGGCAUUUCCGGCAGUCCCACUGCAAUGAAGAUUACUUUAUAUCAGACUUCGCCCUUUAGUUUAACAAUCUGAUCCCUCAUGCAUGCACUAACAGACUCUGAUUUUGUACCUGUAUCCACUGAUAGACAGCCGAUAGCGCAGGAAUUCAUUAGCGACGUAGAACUGGUCGUACUUUGCAUACUCCCGUACACCCUCAAAAUCUUCCAGCUCAAUACGCAGGAUCAUGUCUUUGGCUUUGGUCAUCAGGUGGAUGUGGUCAUUGCCCAGCCAGAACUCACUUCUUCAGCAAAGGAAAAGGUGGCAGGAAGAGAGAGAAAAUAGAUCAAAACAAUUUAGUAUGCUGGAGCACUUGAUUUUGAAACUGUGCAAGGGUAACUCAACCUGAAUUUAUUCUCCCCCACUGAUGUGGAGAGGGGAGAGGUAGAUGUGACAGUAAAAGAAAUAUAAGAGGAGAUAUUAUUCUUUCAGUGGGAGGUUAUACUGGAUCUGAAGGCAUGGUUAUCAGGAGGUAUAUGGGGUUAUUCCCCUCGUAAAACUCAGCCAGGAGCAGAGAGGAAGAUAAAGAAAACGACAUAAAAUCUGAGCCUUGAUAGCAGAAGACUGUAACAAAAUUCAGGUUUAAAAGAAUGUUCCCUUUAUGCUGUCACAGGGACCUGUUUCCAAUAUCAAAGUUUUGUCAUUUUUGCAGUUAGAUAAAUAACAUUGGAGUCAAAACAAUUGAGUAAAAAGCUUCAGAUGUAUUAGAGUGUCAUGUUUUUGGCGCGUGUUGAUCAGUGACACAUAGAACAGGUGUGAGCCUGUUUAUCACAAGGACAGGUGUGCAUCAUUAGGUCCUCUCAGUGCUGAGUGACCGGGCUUUUUCAAGAUAGGGAAGAAAGCUGAAGCUUAUUUGUUACAUAUUCUGUUGAAGUUCAGUGUUUUUCAUGUUAACUGGUUCUGAUCUUUUAAUUAUUCAUGUCUCAGUUUAUCUUAAAUAAAUGCUCAGUUUCCGUCAGUGCUUGUGCUUAUGGUUUUUUAUUUUUUUCUGUCUUGCUCACCCCCUAGUUGGACAAAUGGUAGGUUCCAGUUGGCACGGCUAAGGAGAUUUUAAAAGGCCAAUUUGUGGUCCACAGGUGUGCAAGAGUAUGCUGCAGGUUUCUUAGAGGCUGUGUGUUAGCUGUUGAUUUUUCUUCAAAAUCAAACAGCAGGUCAUUUUUUAAUAAUUUUUUAUGAUUUUACCAAAGAGAAGUACUCAAGUGUUUGAGAAUAAUGCUGCGUAGUUGGAAAAGAGCAAAAUCGGAAAAGAGCAAAAUCGGAGGCCUGUUACAAGAUGGCUACAUCUAUGAAAGUUAUUUUAGCGCUUGCUUUAUAUUUGGACAAGGCAAGCGUCAAAAUAACUUUCAUAGAUGUAACCAACUUGUUUCCACCUCCGAUUUAGCUGUUUCCGACUUGGUAACUGGUAACUUGAGUGUGGUGUCAUUUUCAGCUCAGACUUCUGACUUCCGAGGUAACUCGAACGCAGCAUACACCCCACAAAGUUUGGGGGAAUUUUAAAAAGUUUGUCUCUGUCUUGGUUUUUAAAAGAUGUUCCACACGCCAAAACAUUAGCUGCUUUGUCAACAAGGGUUUGUCCCCAAUCUCAAAAUGCCUUUGAAAGGAGCCUUUGUGAUACUCAAACUGAUUACCUCAGGUUCCCAAAGCCUUUCUUGUACUCUAGCCAGGUGCGGUUGAAGCUGACAGACCCAUCAAGCCGUUGCUGUAUCACGGUCCAUCCACCUCCAUAAGACUCCAUGUCACAGUAGACCUCAAAUGUCCCGUUGCGGGGAUCAGGGGUCACACGGUACACUCCGUUCUUCCUCCCCUCCAGCACAUUGUAGUCAGAACAGUCCCGAGGGGCCAAGAUGACUGGAAGGCAGAGAGAGAGUGUGGUAUAGAAAGAGGAGAGGUCACUUAUUGAUGAUUUAAAAUCUUUUGUUUGGCAUCUUUCUCUGCCCAACCAUGAGGCAUUCAUAGAAAAACUCCUUGAGGCUAAGGAUGGGAGAAGAGAAAGUGAUAAAGUUAGCGGGAAAUCCAGCUUUGACCAUCAUAGAUGCUCUCAUUCCUGCAUUAAUUUCCGGGGCAGUUUAUUCUAUCACAAAGUAGUUCAGCAUGUUCUGUAGCCAAUCUGUUACCAGAAUAUUCCCCAGUUCCUCAAGGGAUCAAGCUCAAGUUCAGGAGGCACCCAGCACAAAACACAAUCCUAUUUUUCAUUUAGCUCUUCAGAAAAUCUUUAGCUUCUAUAUCUCUAACUUCUCAACAGAAUGUUCCUUUCUGAAAAUCACAGUUCGUAAUUGACAUGAGAGAAAGUAAGGGACAAAAGCUGCAGUAGAAGGAUGAAAGUCAGUGACCUUCCCCAGAGCUCCACCACAGGCCUGUUUCAUCCAGCUCCACUCCUUCCCAAGAAUUCUUUUUAUACCUGCUCACUUACUUUGCAAACUCCUGCUCCUGUCCCCUGUGUCGCGCUGCAGGCCACUGACCCUAACUCGAAUCUGAGGUCCAAAGGCCCCUGUCAGUUAGCAUUUGGGAAUUGAAAGGAACAGACUUGUCAAAACGUGGGAAAGUGUAAAAGUGGAUUAGGGAGGCGUACCCCCUCCCUGCACGUUCAACACCUGGGGACAAAAUCAUCCUGACAUUGGGCAGGCUGCAUGCAGAGUUUGUUUGGUGCACUCUGCUGCUGAUACAGUUUUGUCACACUGUUAAAUCUGUUUCGGCGUUUGGUAGAUUAUAAAAAGAGCGAGGUUGGGGAGGGGGGCAUACUGAUUGCAGAGGCAAACGUCAGGUUUCUUUGAGAACAGGGAGGAGGUUUUCCUUUUCAUUGAUUAAAUUAAAGGGCAUCUGUAACUUGAACAAAAACAACUCGGCACAGCCAUCUGUGUUUUCCUGUCAAUUUUUUAGGAAUCUCUGGCUGCAGAUGUUAUGGAAAGCAGUCUUGAAGCUGAGCGUGAGGUGUAAGAUUUAACUUUGUCACGUGAACAGCUCUGCCUAUUCAGCAUUCAAAAUAAAAAUUCUUUGAUUGUGUAUUUCAUCAAAGUGUCUGAAAGUAGUUCCUCCUAGUCUUUCCUUCUUCCCCUCUUUAUAUUGUCCCCAUCUGUCUGUCUGGGCCACCAGCAUCCCCUGGACAGGCGAGAGCCAUCUCCUCUAACUGCAUCUGGCACUUUGCCUGACCUAAAUAACUCUGAUAUCAGCUGCUUACUGAUGACUUACUGCCUGAUUGACUGUCAAACUGUUCAGGCGACCAUUAAGACAGACUAAUGGUUAAUUUGGUGGCUGAUUGCUCUGUUUUCUUUCCUGCUUGCUAACUUAUUCCCAAAAGAGGUUAAAGAGGGAUAGCUGAAAUGCUUAAAUAGACAACCCAUUGCUUUAAAACCACAUCGCUUACUUGACUGACUGCAAACAGAUACAUGAUUGACAUGAAAGGAACAGAACCUUUAUCAAGGAAGCAUUCCCUGUUGUUAACUCGGAUUAGCAGCCAUGCUGGAAGGAAACACAUAUCCACAGUGAUAGUGUAAUCUUCCCAUAAAAACAGCUUAGAUUGAACACUGCUGUCUGUUUUGACUCAUGACAAAGCAACACCCUUCCUUUGGGAAGCUGUGUGCAGUUGAGCAGUUCCUGACAAUGUGUCAGCCAGGCAUCUAUUCUCUUUGUUUAUAAUUGAGUUAAUGUAGCUGAACAGCAACACGAAUUGCUAUCCAUUCACCUCAAGGCCCUCAUACGUCUUGCUGGAGUGAAAGUGAAUAAUAGUGCUUACAGCAGGGUCGAGAAUUGAGAAUUGGCAAAGAGGUUGGGAUAAAUGCUUACAAGGCUGUGAGUGAUAAAAAAAAUCAUGACCGACAGACUUGAUGAUGAAAUUGCAUUUCUGCAUUACUUGAAUAUUUUGCCAGAGUUGUAUAAGCUCAUCCUAAUCUUGUGUUUUGGGGUUUGGUGCAGGGCAGUUUGAUAAAGGGAUAAAAGUUAAGUGUGUCCUUAGAUGCCUUUUUCUAACCCCACAGAGUGGAAAUGUUGGUUGAACUUUCCGAAUAGUGUAGCCUAAUGAGCUGUACUAUAGUGGCUGGUUUCUAAUCCCUGUGCAGUUUUUCCAGAGAGUUGACAUUUGUUCUAAAAUGACCCCCACCACAUCUUCUCUGCAUGAAAAAGCAUAACAAAAGACCAUAGACCAUGGUCGCUACUCAUUAGUUUCUGAUGAGGUGUUAUAAAGCCCAAUAACCAAGGUAACCAUAUUUUGAUGACCAAAAACCACUCGGCCCGGCAACAAGAUAUUCUAUAUCUAUAGUUUUCUCUUCUUUCUAGUGGCCUGAUGAAAAACAAUGAACACUAAGACAUUUUUAUCACUUUUUUAAAAAAACAGCCAUGAUGGCCAGGACAGGAUGUUAAAAUAGGACAUGUCCCAGGAAUACAGGACAUUUGGUCACCCUACAAUAACAUCCACCAUAUUGCAAACACCAGCUCAGAAUGGAGAGAUGUUUAGCCCAAAACCCACACGAUGUGGGUUUGGCCCAUUCCAUUAGCAUCAUGUGCUACACCGAAAAUACAUUCCUAUUCUAAUCGAUGUGGCAUCGCACAGAGGAAUCAUAGCUGUGCAUGUCAACUUCGUCCCAGAAGGGUCUCUAUGCGCUGUUCCAUGGUUGAUUAGCAGGGAAUCGACCACAAGCAAAGCAACCUGCUAUAGGUAUGUUGUUGUUUUUUCUGUAUACUGAGUCCAAGGCUGAACUACACUGCUGCUACACUCCAAACACGCUUCAAGUGGGCGAUGGCACAUACUGCCAGACAGAGCUGGAACACAACAGCAAUGGAUCGCGCCCAACACACAUCCUGUAGGUUUUCAUAGGUUUUUUAAUUAUGUGCCUGAUUACCCUCUUGCAACCAGAUUUUGCACAGUGUUGGAGGUUUUGUGAUGCCAAAGAUUACCUUUCCAGAUUUUCCAAUGGUGUGUGAUGUUCUAUCAGUUUUUCUUUCAACAAGCUUCCAGCAAGAUUGUGGACACACUUUUCCUUACUCUAAAAAUGAAGCAUCAAGUUCUGAAAUUUACUCCCCUGCCUCAUGUGGGUAGAUUUUCUAUUUCGAGGAUGGUAAUUCUAAGACAGUUAUGUGCCAUGUGGUGCAUGUUUAUACUCUGCAUAUAGUGAUGCCAGCCUUCACACCCAAAUUUUUGCUGCAUGGGACAUUAGCUAUCCUGCUGCAAACUGUUUUUUUUUUUUCAGAUGAAGACUUAAACAAGGCUAUUUAACUUGGCAGGAUAUGAUCUUUAUUUUUCUAUUAUCAUAAGAGGCUUGAUAUUGGUGUUUCUGGAGGGCCAAGUGCAAUGAGUGCAUCAAACAUUUUGCAAAUAAAAAAAAUGAAAGAUUCAGAGAACUUAGUGGGAUUUAUACAGAUUAAUAGAGAAGUGGCUGUAAACAGUUGUAUUUUCUGUCAAAAAUUUGGCUUCAACAGGGAUUCACUGUAAUUACUUUGGCAGCCGCAACAAGUAAUAAACACAACAAUAAACAUGACUUAUUUCUGAAAAGAAAGUAAUAUAGAAAACGUCUUAACUUUAAUCACUGAAUAUUAGUGGAUGAGCGGAUUUCUCUUUGGGGAUCAAUAAAGUUCUUGUAUUGUAAAAUGAAGUUCUUGUAUUGUAGUCUGUGCGUUAGUAUGUGUAUCAAGACAAUGGCCAAUCAAGCAAGGUGACUGUAGAAGGAGGCACAACAUUUACAUUAAUGGUAAGAGUAAAUGCGAAGUAUGAAGUGAGAUGAAUGUCACAGUCAGGGGACCAACUUUUUGAAUUGUGGCAGCAACACAAUUGUUUUGUGUCCUGUAAUCUAAACACAAUUGAACUCGCAAAGUGAGGUUGACAGAGAUUGAACAGAAAUUGCUGCUACAGCAAGUAAUGAGCUUGACAACCAUUCCCUCAUCUGUCAUGUUUGCUUCCUUUAAAGUUGAAUUGCAAAUUGUGAGAGAUUUGCAAGACUUGGGGUUUUGAGUGAGGGCUGGUCAUUGGUGGGUGGAAUCUCUCCAUACACUAUCCCCACAAAACUUGUUUAUCCAUCAUUUGUUGUUGUGUGUGUCCUCAACAAAAUUUUAAGGUGUUUUUUUCCAGGCUCUCCUUUUGCCUCAAAGUUUCGGAAAAGUUGCUGCCUGGUAAAUCGCCAUAUUGUACCGACUAGUCAGUUAAACCAACCAUGCACCUUAUUAUGCGUAAUUUAGCAUAACUCUGAACCUUACUGUAAUCAAAACAGAUGAGUUUAUAAAUUAUUCACACCCUGUUUAAAAGAGAAAAACUGAGAGACCAGAAAGUCUUUCAUGUAUUUUUUUUUUAAUUCCUGGCCUUAAACAUGUUCAAUCCAGCAGUAACAGUAGCCACGUUUACAUGGGCAGAGUUUUCUAAUUUCGCUAAAACAACCACAGAAAAAGAGUCGUAUUUACACCUGUGCUGUCAACAAACCAACAAAUGCGGUAGUGGCUCACUCCAUUCAGGAUGUUUCCCCCUGUUAAAUGUUGUCAAUGGAUGGCGCCCUUGCUUACUUAUUUUACAGUUCUGUCAAAGGUUUCACUGUGCGUGCAGAUGUGACAUCAUUACGCUGUAUGUACGCCUUGUUAUGUUAUCGAAGGAGCAGACACGGCACCUGCGGUUGUGUUUUAUGCCAGAGUGGUAAUAAUGAAAGCUCCUGUACUGACCUCAAUAAAUAAGCCAAAGGCUAAAGAGCAAAGCCCGAGUCAGGUAAGAGAGUCAUGUUCAAAAUAAGUGUUAACAUUGUUUCGGAAUAACGAUCGGCAUAAACCACCCCUCUUGAUCAUAAUACAAUUUCUUUACGAUUGAUCCGAAUUGGAUCAGAAUCUUCCGAUCGACAUGUUUACAUGACAUUCAGAUUAUUUGUGCCCAUUUAAACAUGGCUAGUCAGCAUUUUUACUUGGCUACUGCCUUAGCCAACCUCUGUGGACAUUUCAGAUACAAUACGAUUUGACUUUAUUGUUAGACAGAGUCUGAAAUUUGACUUGUGCCACAACAGCUCGACAAUAUACAAUAACACUGCCUCAAUCCUGAGUUUGUGUUUAGAAUGUCAAAGUUGUUUAUCAACCUCAGCAUGCUUUUGUCGUACGCUGAUUCAACCGCAGUUUGCCUGCUCUGGCCUCUUUGUCGAGACUGGGGGCCUCUCUUGAAAAUGUUAUCUUGAUAAAAAAUCUCGCUCCCUUUUAGUCAUGCUCGUUUCUGUUGCUUCAGAUGAAAACUGCAAUUUAAUGUGGUUUGUGGAAAUCUCCAUUUAACAAGUAUUUAGAUUAAUGAUUCAGCUACGAUUUGGCAGCUGGAUGGUUUCACUUUUCAGGAGUCGGGGGAGCCAUUACACCUUGACUUGCUCGGCUAAGCACUUUUCGUACCGUGAUAAAUAACUGGAGAAUAUUUUUCAUACUAAGUUGGAUUACAGCAUAUGGGGUAGAGAAAAUAUAGGAAUAUAAAUUCAGAAUUAUUAGAAAUUUGGUGACUCUUUAUUGGGAAUUAAAAAAAAAAAAAAAAGAUGAUUUAUGCACUUUAGUAGUAUUGUAUGCCAAAAUUCUCCUUCUUUCACGUCAUACCUUUUUGUCCUCCAACCCUUUUUAAUUAAAACCUCUCAUUAGUGAAACUGCAACAGUAUUACUCAUGUUGCAAAGCUGUAGGGCCUCCACCCUGAUUUUGGUGUAUUUCUAUGAAAACAACAGCUGUCCCUCAUCUAUUUCUUCUUGGUCAGAACAAACAGGCACAAUGUUCUGACUUGCAACAGUUUUGUUUGUCUAUUUUGCUGCAUAUACAUAUGAGAUUGAUGUACAAACACAAAAGUUGCUGACCCCGUGUACCACCCGUGACUAAUGUCAGGAAAAUCGGCCCACAUUACUCCUCUUGUCGUUGUCAAGAGAUAAUGAGAGCUAGUUGUUUUAUGCAGGAAUGAACACUCAAGAGCAUGACCUCUAGAGGAAGCGGGAAGCGGGGCAGAGGCAGGGGGGGUAGAGAGCGAAAAAGUAAGGCGCCCAGAAAAGGGAUUAUAAGGAGAGGGAGAUGUAGAAAGUAAGAGCAAGUGAAGUGAAAAAGAGUUGAGAUACGGGAGGGAAAUGGAAUGAUGAAGAACAGAGGAUAAAUGUAAAAGGGAAAAGAGGACAAGAUCUGAAGGAGAAGAGAGGCACAUUUAGGAUGGGAGAAAAUGUAGAAGAAGUCAGGGAAAAAAGGGAUUCCCUUCACACCACUGUCCCAGCUAAUCUGCUUAGAAAUAAGCUUGCAUGUUUUCAACAUAAAAGCCUCAAUAUAGUGUCACAUUCACAUUCACAUUCACUCAUGCAAUCACAGGAUAUAAUUCAGUUUUAGACUGAAAGUAGCAAAGUAGCCUUGCCUUUCAACUGCACCAUCAUCCAAAUAGGCUUUUACGUCAGUGUAAAGUGGGUUGUUUGUUAUGCCUGGCUAGUUUGAAUGCUCUUUUUAAAUAUUUUUAUCACUAGUUUCCUCUCUCUGUGGUCCUCACUGAGUUGAACCUCAUUUAAAAGACAUUUAAAAGACUGUUGAAACUUUUAUCUCAUGAAUGUCCUCGCCAUGUUCUUAAGGAGUUUCGUAUUUGUCUCUUUUAACCCUCCCUUCUUUUGGAGUUUAUCCAUAUGGAGAGUAAUGGAAUGCCAGAGCACUUAAAGUUGUUAUAUAAGAGGGAAUUUUAAUUCUCACUUUGACCCUGGUUGUCAUAUUGCAUCACUUCUGUUCAGCAUGACCUCAAACUUUAGCUAUUUUGCUGCCUUAAUUGUUGCUAUGGCUGCACCAUAGCAACUUGAGAACACUGGACUGGUACUGUGGGCCUUUGAGCCUUGCACAAUAUAGAAAUUCCACCCCCCAAAAAAGGUAAAUUUCCUCAUAUUCUUGAUGGAGAAAACAUGUAGCAAUAAAGAAAUCACAGUGUCUGUAUAGUAAACGUCAAAGUCAGCUCCAAAGAUUCCAAAGAGGCCACAUUAGGUGAAGGUGAGCACCCUGAGCUGGGCUUUUUGUAGUGAUUACAAGUCACCAUGUCCACUUAGGCAUGAUUGGAUAGAUUGAUGCCAGAAAAUUCACCUCACAUCAACCCAAAAUGAAGGACUUACCUGGUUUGUGCUUGAGUUUUGAACAGUAAGAGCAUGUGAUGGGUUUGAGGCAACAGAAAAGAAAAUAAAGAAGUGAAGAGCGAAAAGGGAAUCAAUCAAGAUCAUGCUGAGAAACAUAAGAAAAUACAAGAGAGGAAGAGAAAAGAGGAAUGGCAUCUUUUUGAGACAGCAAAGAAAAGAGAAUAGAAAAGAAAACAGCAGAAAUGUUUUUUUGAGUCAAAGAGAAUACAUAAAUGUUGAAAUACUGAGAAGAUGUGGGAAAGCAAAAGAGAAAAGAAAAAGUGGAGCAUUCAAGGUAAAAAAAGAAAAUCUUGUAAAAGCACUUACAUUGAGGUGUGCUCUGCACUGCACACUGGGUGGUGCAGGUGGAGCUGAUCUUGUUCACCAGUCCGGUAAUAUUCUCCACCUUCCUGUCCACUAUGGCUUUUACGUUCUCCAUGUUGAGCAGGUUGAUCCCCUCCAGGCGGCCCUGCAGAGCCGAGAUUUGGCUCCUGGCAUUGCGUAGGCUGACUGACAUCCUAUUCAGCUUCACCUGGGAAAGGGCCGGAGUGAUGAGACAGAGAGUGGGGGGGAAGGGUGGGGGAUUAUUUGUGUGCACAGAAUACAAAGCAGGUGGAUUACUGGAGUCACCAGCCUCCUUUAUUGUUUUUUAGCAGCCAAUUAGAAAUUAUAGAAUACAAAACGAGUCUGCGUGAUGAUUGGCCGUCCGCCAGACUGGCUGUGAGAGUCAACAAACUUAGCAGACAGGGCAAUGGUUGUCUGACGCUGAUUCCCCACCCUGUUUAUAAUACCAGGAAUUUUCCCUGAUGGACGGGUGCCCGGUAGGACUUUACAGGUCCUUUUAAACAUCUGACAUGUUUGUAUUCCAACUGGAUUCAUUUGGCUAAACAGACUUUGGUGACAUAAUUCCUCCAGUGUUUGUAAAGCACAUUUUUUGAGUUUAGUUUGUCCAGAUAAGUGUUGCGAGGAUGAUUAUGAUGCUGGGUUUCCAAGACUCAACAUGAACCAGAUGAAGUGACAGAAAUUGGUGCAAUAUCACAGGACUGUUUGUCUAAAUCUAUAAUGGGGCAGUGUAAGCCUUUAUUGCUCCCUUUCCUGGUUUAAGAUUUCCUGACAGAGCUUACUACUAACUUAAAUCAACAUCAGUCAUCAGAAAUGUAUACAAUAAAGAUUUGAUGAGUCUAUACAUUAACACCUUGCCUGUAACCAAGUAUAAUUUGAGGAAAAGAGGACUUAUUCCUAAGCAAAAUCCUGCAUUUCACAUUUAAGUGUCUUACUGUCUUUUAGUAUUUUGUUGAAGUAUUGUGCCACUUCUUACCUGCAUCUCCUGAACUGUGUUCGGGCUUGGAGUAAUCCUCCCAAAAUUAGUGCCUUGCCCAAUUCCACCAACAUCCACACUAGCUCCGUCUCCCCUCUCCUCUUUGCUGGAUCCUCCUUGCACCUCCUGUCCUGUCACAUUCAGCUUCACUUCUUCCCCUGUGUUUGGGACCUGCAGCGUCUGUCCCUGGUCCGCCUGCUGAUUUCCAAAAGCUCCAUUGCCCCGUGCAGAAGCGCCGCGGCACUCCUGGCAACCAUUCUUUAGUUUAUUCACCACCUCUUUCAAGCUCUGCAGCUCCUUCAUCGUCUUCUCCAGCAGCCUGAACUGCUUUGGCAGCUGGAUGGUGAGGGGAGGCAGGGUGAGCUGGUAAGGGCAGUCUUCACCGUCCUCUGCCCCGGCUCCAGAGCUGCUGCUUACGCAUUGGCCAGAGGGUCUCAAUUUCAUGGGGCAGGAGACGGGGGUACCAGUGUCAGAUCCAAAAGAGAAAGGUCCUCUGGCAUCCCAUCUUUGGUGUGAGUUGACGGGAAAGUCCGCUGCCUGGCAGGCUGAAAGCAAGAGUACGGCCAAAACGCAAAUCCUAAAUGUCCUCAUUUCUCCGAGACAGUUUCUUAAGUAGAAGUAAGUGUUUUCAAAUUCAGAGUUUGAGCAGCUGCCUCUGAUACAACCUCAAGUCUCUGAAUGCAGGUAGCAGUGCGAGUGUAUAUGUGUGCCUCCAGCUGAAGAUUGUAAGUAUAGGAGUAUGUGAGUGUGUGUCCAGUAUCCUAUUGGCUCAGGAGUGCGUGUGUGUUUGUGUGUGUGUGAAUGAGCACAGCCUGCAGGAGGGGAGCGCGCAAGGGAACUGCCGCUGCCUCAGAUAGCUGUGUCAUUAAUAUCAGGACGAGCGAGAGAGAGAGGGAGGGUGUAAGAGAGAGAUGCGAGAGAGAGAGAGGAUGGGAGGGGCAGUACUGUUGCGUAAUACACAACACCAUAUCAGCAGCAUUGUGGAAAAACCACAGAGAUGCAGUCAGAAAUUGUUGGAGAAAAAAAAGAGAGAGGGGGAGAAAAAGAGGCAGGCGUGAAGGUGGGUCUUUUUCUUGCAGUCAGUGCACAGUCCUGUCCCACUGACUCGGGAGUCAGCUCAUUUCCCUGAAGAGCAACAUGACUCACUUCAUAGGAACCAUUCACUCAUCUGACUUUGGGGGGAUGUUUCAUAAUGCUUUGUUAUUUUUGUGUUCAUAGGAAUGUGCACGCAAGACAAAAAUGUAAAAGACGGUAUUAUCUGUCCCUGUUCAACAGAAAAGCUGUUUCAACUCUACCAGUAACUCACCUGCUUUGAAUUUUGGUCUGAUGGACACAAUUACUGUGAAAUUUAUAUUAUUCUGCUUGCAACUGUCAACGGUUUAUUUCAGUUAUUGUACUGUAAGCACAACAAGGAUUUCAAAGACUUACUCAAAAUAAUGUCAAGUUUGAACUUUUGAGACCCCACUUAUUCAUUUUAGCUGAUGGUGGACACACACACUGGCAACUUCAGUCCUUUCCAAAAUGAAACAGAAGGUGAAAAACCAGCAGUUCCUCAAAAACAAAUGCGAAGGAAACCCUAGUACCUACCCAUAAAUAUCCGGUUUGAUUGAUGAAUUUUCCUGGACUACACAAACCGUUAACCAUCAUUCAAAUUUGGACAUCACAUUCAGAUGAGUAAAAACAUCCUCAUCUUCUCUGGUUCCCCCGCAGCUUUUGUAAUAUUCUUGUCACUUUUCUGCUCUGUUUCGCCUUGGGGAACUGAAAUCUAACAUCCUGUCUUCACUUCAAGCUUGAACAAAAUAUAGAAAUUGUAAAGCAGUUUCAAACCAACACCUGCAUCCUGUCACUGAAAUGAAAGCAGAAAAGUAUAACCUUUUUUCUUUGCUAUUUGUUCCCCUAAAUGGCUCUGCUGGCCUCGACUCCCUCCCUGGCUGUCAAUUGAUGUCUUUAAUCAAAGUUGUUGGCUGCUUUUAACUCAUUUGUGCUGCCUAAUGAUUUUCUUGCUUUCAGAGCUUUGUUUUGAGAAAUGGCCUCAAGUGUUUUUAUGUUAAAAAAGGGACUUUUUGGUGGUGAGAGUUGUUACAAUAAAUGGCUUUUAAGGACCUUGGAAAAAGAAAUAAUGCAUAUUGAACGGUUUGUCAUCAGGAUUAAUUGGCUCUCUGAAGCCAUUACAAGCCAAUGAUGCCUUGGUUGGAUUUUAAAAGUUGCUCAAUGGGGAACUUAAUGAAAAAGUUAUUAAAACUGAAUCGGUUUUUCGGCAUUGAGUGAGUUACUAAUGCUUUUACAUGGUCUAAGAUGUAUUCAACAAAGGUCGUCUUACAUAAACAACACACUUGUUUUUGUCUGCAUUGGUAAUGGGGUAAUUCAGUGGCAUUAAGAAUGACAUUGCACUAUAAUAGCCCACAAACAUUAUUCAUACAUGAGGUAAUUUUAUGGGCUUUCUCUUAAUUAACAGUUGUUGAGCAAUUCAGACUAAUUGUUUGUUUUGCAGAGUGAGCACUCACUAACACUCAAAGUCUCAUUUUUAGCCUACUUUGAGUCUUGUUAUAAACUUUUCACCAAUUGUUUGUUUUGGGAACAUGACUUUUGUUUCAAUAUAUUCUGUGAUUCAUAACCUCGGGUCAUGUAAUUGGAUUUUUUUUUCUUCUUCUGGGAUAACAGUGUCUCAUGCACAUGUCAUAUUUCCAGAGAAGUGACACAGUUUCAGAUAAUGGGUUUCAUCUUCAGAAGUGGCUCUCAGCUCUGAUGGUGGAAACGCUCCAGAAAGGAAAAUAUUACUGCACAAAAAGAAAAAAAAAAUUGUAACAAAGUGAUUCUAUCUGGCUGUAGGCUCGCCUCCAAUUCAAACACUCAAUAUCAGGACAUUGAGAAGAGAGAAAUGGUUUCUCCCUCCAUCACACAGUGGAAUUCAGAGCUGUGCUCCUCUGGUCAUUAUUUUUUUUCCUCUUCUCCCUGAGGGUGCAGCGUACCAAAGCCCACAGGUUCUUUUUGUUAAACUCCUCACACACGCUCACACACACACACACUCUACGGGAAGCUUUAUUGCUAUAUGGAUCACAUGCUCCCUUGCGUGUGUGUGUGUGUGAGUGGUGUGAAUGCACAGGUAUGUGUCCAUGUGCCUGCAUUAAUGCCUUCCAGUGAUUGUCUCUGUCUCACUUCAAAGAUGGUCUGCCACGUGUGAGCCCUUUGCAGCCAUCCCAUAAAAAACUCCAAUACUCCAUAUACUGCUGGAGAUAAGUGUUGGCAGCAGAAUUAGAGAGGCUGCCUGAAAUCGCUUCAGGCUGUUUCUUCUCAGAUAAAUGCCCGGUGUACGGGCAGGAUGUCUGUCGCAGCACUGGAAUGUCAUCUACACUCCUCAAAUCACGCCACCAGACAUUUUUAGUGGCUUAGUCAGUCUCAAAAUCUGCUUUGAAAUGUUAUUUUCCCCAAAUGUGAUGAGAUAAUUAAACAUUUUCUUCUAAUUUGCCUUUAUUAGGUUGAAUAAGGUACCAAUUAAAGAGAUAAGUUAAGACUUAAUGACCCAUUUCACAAUCCGCGGUGGAAAUAUUUCAUGUUGCCCCCUUUUUCACCCCUUGCAUUCAAAUUCAAAUCAGAUGGGGCGGUAGGAGUUUGUGAUUUCCUUAACUUCAGAAUUUUAUAUUUUGAUUUUUGCCCCUGUGGAGAUGAAUCAUUUAUUUGAGUUUCACAAGACUUAUAUCAAACUCCUGGGCACCCACAAUGUAUAUAUCCUUUUUUCUUAAUGACCAAGAUGCAAACAGUGCAUGUUCAGAGAAAGUCAGAGAUAAAAACAUACGGAUGAAAAGCAUCUCAUUUUCAGUUCUGCCGUCUUUCCUUUGUAACUCAGCCACUGCUGCCCUCUCUCUUUCAUUUUUAACUGCUGCUGCAGAUUGAAAAUUUGAUAGCAGUUUAGUCUUUUUAAUAAGAUUCAGUUCUUUGUGUACUUUCUGAUGUAAAAACAUGAUAUGACUCGCCAACUAUCGACAAUUCUGACAACUUCUUGCAGUUUUAAUGGCCUGUCUUUAACUUCAUUUUGAAGCGGUCAGGUGAAGCUAAAGCUGGCUUUUAACUACCCUCAGAUUUAAUGAUGCCAAUUAAGUGGUGACACACAAUGAAAGAACACAGCGAGGAGAUAAUAAACCACAGUUACACCUUGCAUGCCCUCUAUGCUAUUGUCUUAUUUAUCUCACUUCAUAUCUUUAUUGUUUUACAAAACACUGUGAUGAGUAAUUUAGCAUUUUUCUCAUAUUGUGCAGGCUUAGUCUGAAAUUUAAGUUAAUGUUUGAAAUGCAAAUCAUGUAAUAUUAUUCAGCUGUAUUCCUUGUAGUGACCUGACCUUGUCUAACACAAACACACUUUAAAACAUCUGAAUAAAUCAUAUUAACCACGGUGCUAAUCUGCAGCAUUCACAACAUUCAUAUCUCUGUCCCUUUCAGCCCUUGAAACGUGUUCUUGCACAUUUUACAAUAGCCAGAUAAACACUAAAAUGGAAUGAAUCUCAAAAUAUAAUCGGCUAUACCUAAUGUUUGAAGUUCGGGUAAGUUAUCAGUCCGCUCGUGUGUGUGUGUGCACAUAAUCAGAGGGUGUGUGUGUGUUCAUGGCAGUUACUCAGUCUGACCUGAGAUAUCCUCUGUUCUGCAGCUCUCUGAUACAGACAAGGCUAUCCCUCAUUACUCCCCCCACUCCACCAACCUGGCAGUGAAGAUAAGAGGGGGAACAACACCUGUCUUCUGUUUCCAUCACCUCUGCUCACACACACGCACACAACCUUACACACAAAAUGUUGCCUCAGACAGAAAUUAACAUCAACUCCCAGUUGUAGUUUUGUCUUUUGCAAUGCUGUUGACCGUAUCUUUUACUUUGCUGGUUGGUGUAGGAGCUGUGUUUCUUUUGUUAUCCCUCUUUUUGUAGUAUCAGUCAGGGCUAAUGGUACCUGUAAUCUCAAGAGCCUUCUCCUUACGAUCAUACAAGCCAUUUUCAAGAUUUUUCUCUUUCGAGAUUGCUGCUGAUAAUUUGAUGUUUGUUUUUCAUUCUUCAUUCUGUGAUAGGGAGCCCUGAUACUGAGAUACCUGCUGUAAUGAUAAAAGUGUAUCCAGCUCUGCUUGGGUUUGAUACACUGUGGAGUUCAGAUACACAUAAAAGAGCUUCCUCUACUACAGUACCUGAAGUCUGAGUGACUGAGGUCUGGUGCAGCUGAAACAAGCAGUCUUUCAUGAAACUUUCAGACUCUUUUGGAGUCCGGAGUGAUUUAAUUUUCUACCCGUUCUUCCCCUGGAACUUAAUUUUGUCACCGAACAAUUUUACAAAACUGCUUACUGGUGAGAAUUGUAUGUGGUUUCCAGCUAUAUUGCUGUAUUGAAUAUUUUCUGCAGAAGACAAACCCACAGAGUGCUCAAAUGUAUUCAAAGUGUUUCAGGGUUGUUGUUUUUUUUGUGGAGGGGGGUUGUAUAGAAAACUCUGAGCCGGGUCAAACAAUUUUGGUGCAACCUCAGUUGGCUCUUUGAAAGAUUUGUAGCCAUCAUAAAGAUCUGCUGAUAAAAGUUUCAGGGCUGCCAAGUUUCAGAAAAAGACAAGAGUGAGACUUGAGCGUUGUGAUGUGUUCGGUGAAAAAUCUUUGGCCUUUUUUAACACCAAUUUAUACCUUAAGACCAGAGCCGGUCCAAGCCUCAAUGGGGCCCUAAGCGAAAUUUGAUUUAGGGGCCCUCUAUUUCAACCAGUAAUAUUGAUUGUUAAUCAUUCACACACUUUCACAAAUCUUUUUGAUUAACAUUCCAUGACAUACAAACAUACCUUUAUCUUGGCGUUUUUUUUUCUUCUUCCUCUUUCUUUUCUCUGCUCCUGAAGGAUAUGUCCUUUUUUGCGACAUUGUUUUGCUUUAUUUUAUUUUUACAAUAAUAUGUAUUUGAUCAUAGAAAAAUCAUCACUUAUACAUGCAAAAGAUAAAAAAUAUUUCAAAACUUUUUUUUUUUUUGGAUUGCUCUUGGGGGGCCCCUAUUGGCCCCGGGGCCCUAAGCAGGGGCUUAGUUCGCUUAUGCAUUGGGCCGGCUCUGCUUAAGACUGAUGUCCGCACCUCCAUGCUAGCUGCUCUCCCUGAAUUGUGGCCUCCCAAUGUUAGUCUUAAUUAAUCUUCCGUCCAUCUUCAGGAGAGCAGGAGAACGUCGAGUGGGUUUUAAAUGUUGGCGCUGUUUUGUGUGAAAGAUAGUUAGAGACGCCAAACCCACCCUGCAUUGAAUUCUGAUUGAUUUAUAUUUUGUGCUGCCUUCCAUGGUUGGUCGGAUAUAUGCUGGAAGUCAGAUGUCUGGGAAAACAAAGAUGGCUAUAUCUACGAAAGUUAUUUUAGUGCCUUAUAUUCAGACAAGGCAAGUGCUCAGUAACCUUCGUAUAUAUAGCCAUCUUGUUUCCACCUCAGAUUUUGCUUUUUGCCGACUUGGUAACUAAAACGCUGGGAACUCGGGUGUGACAUCAUUUUCAGCUCUGACAUAUGACUCCCACAUGGGGUGGCCAAUUGAAAGUUAAGUCCUUAAAAAAGUAGGUUGAACAGUCAUUUCAAAAUGAUGGUUACAUUAAAAGCUGAAGCACUGAUAGCCAAGUUUUGAUGUCUUGAGGGCACGUGGCCUUCCUCGAAUGCAGCAUGAGGCACAAAGUACUGAUGGAUUUGUCUGGGAUUGGUCAGUCAAUCAAAGUUACUCGAACUACGGCAAGCCAAGUUUAUUAUCAUGAAAAAAAUGAACACAGAGUAUUGAAUGGGGAAAUAUUAGUGUGAGAAAUGUCAAGUGUGGCGUGUGGUGUGAGAAUGGGUCAAAUUGCGUGACUGUCACACUCAAAGUGUGACGCUUGACAGCUCUUAAGUUUAAACACAAAAGGGGAAAGUCAAUUAUAUUUGGUGCUGCAUGCAAAAACAUAGAAACAUUAAAGAACAGUUUCUAUGUCCUGAUGAUUUGAUUAAUUUCUUUCUCUUUUUUUGUGCUCCUCAGUUGUUAUCUUCCGGCAAAAUCAGCCUCACCAAAGUGUCCAAACUGAAAUCCAGCUACAGACUGCUGCAUGAUACUCUGAAGAGGUAUGUUUCCCCUGUUGGGACAGAACUUGACUGUUGUGUUCUGGGGGCGCGUUCUGACUGCUAAGAUGCUGAGAAUAGGGCACAGUAGGGGAGUUCAGCUCUUGUGACAGCCAGAAUCCAUUCGACUGAAGUGUCCUCAAAAGCACUUUAAGUUCUUAUCAGAUCAAGUUUUGCUGCUCUCCUGAAAAUAAGGACCUCACGUCUUGUUGCCUCAACUGUUGGCUUCCGAAGAAUCGCUUGUAAAAUGCGUCAGGCAAUAAUGCUUCCUUUUCUUGCUCAAGUUAGGAUUUGAGAAAUAAGUUCUAAGAAUUUCAACUCAACUUUAUUUGUAAAACACUUUAAAACAACCACAGCUGACCAAAGUGCUGUACAUAAAUAGACAAAACAGCACAGACAUCAAAAAACAAUUAAAACAGUGGAUAAAAUAAAAGCAGAUAUUAAAAAGUAAAAUAUAGUUUCAAUGUUUUUAAAAACUAAUUUAAAAACAUAGAAACAAAUAACUAAAAACAAACCAUAAAACACUAAAACAGGAGCCGAGUCUCAUGCAGGGUUGAAACCCAAUGAAUAAAAAUGGGUUUUAAGACGAGUUUUAAAAAUGGGGUUUCAGGAAAAGAUGAACAGAAACUGACUGUAAUAGGCAGUUUUAAAGCGUAUUUCUAUUUAAGCUUGUGAAAGUCUUUAAUGGAACACUGAUUCUCAAAAUUGCAACCAAGGCACAUAAUUGAGGAAGUGAAAUUAACUUUUCAGACCCCAAUUUGCUUGUGGAAACAACUGAUCUGUGUGUAAUUUCUUGUGGAAAUAAGACGAGGAAACCGAGAAUGUUUAAUCAGAGUGGUAAAGUACUCUUGGAGUAUCAUAAAAACAAACCACUUUAUGUAUUAAUGCAUUUGUUCAAAGUUUAAUAACGCUGAAUGACAGAACUUCAAGUCUUUUUGAAGAUAAUUCAAUGUUGUAUUAAGAGGUAUCUUGUGAGGAGCAGAGAUUACUCUUCUGUUAUAAAGUGGGGAUGUCUGGGAGUGACCUUUUUCCAAGUCAUUUAACAGAAAAUCAAGUCCUUACUAAGUGAGCAUUUUAGAGGUUGGGAAAAAGUUUGUAUAGAAAAUAGUUUGUUUGACACAGCUUAAUGUGGGAUCACAGUCAACAUGUGAUUUAUGUCAAAUUGGUUUGCAUAUGACCGGCAUUUCAAGUCGAGAGCUAUCAAAUAUUUAUCAGUAAUUCCUUUCAACUGGAAGCAGACUUGAAAGAGUGACAGCUUUUUAUCUUACAGCCAACCAAACAUGCACAUUUUUGCCAGGGAGUGUAUAAACAUAUGCCAGUUUUUAGAUUCUUCAAGGCCAAAUGUUCAUGAAGAGAAAGCUUUAUUCUUGUCUAGCUCACAUAUAACUUUAAAGGAACGACGGAGAUUGAAGUCAGACCGCUGUUUCACAUUAGUUUCAGGCUCUAAAUGCGUGUAAAUGUACAGAACAAGGCGUAAAAAGCGUCUGUACACCACAUACCCCAGACUUGAAUCAUUUUGUUCCAACAGUAGCCAGGACUCUGAGCUCCAACUUUUGGAGGAGGCAGAGAGGUGCCGUGCUGUGUGGGAGAAUCUGCAGGCCGAGUUAGAGCGAACAGAGGAGCAGAGCACCUCUGAGCAGCCCCAAAGUGAGGUCAAUGAACUGAGGCAGCAGCUCCUCCAGGCAUACAACGAACUGAGAGCUGCCGAGGACAGAGAGUACAAGACGCAGCACAAACUGAAAUGGUGAGCUGUGUAUAUAUACACACACCCACAAACACCCACACCCACAUGUUGUUAUUAUAAUCAGUCAUGGUGUGAGUUUAUUCUCAAUCUGAUACUUUGCAGGCAUCAAUUGAAAGAAGUAAAAAUUGCAUUUGAUCCGAUAAAAUACAAACUCAUCUUUGGCUGAACUUUUAUUUGUCUUCCAAACAAACAUAUGCGCACACACAUACACACAGGCACACACACAAACCGAUGUUCACACUCUGACUGGAACCCAAGAGAUUGAGGAGAGUGAGUAGAGGACACAGAAGUGAAACUGAAGUGUUGAAGUGAGAAGUUGUGUACAGUAGGAGAGUAUAUGCACGCACUGGCACUCACACACACACACACACACACACACACACACACACACAAACGCACACACACACACACACACAAACGCACGCACAUAAACACACUAAUGCACACGGGAAAUACAGUUACAGCUGAAUAACCAGGGACCAAACACUGAGGUGAGUUAAGUGAGGCAUCCUUACAAGUUUUAGUGACUUUAGAGGAAGAUGAAGGUGAAACACACACACACACGUAAAUAUAAGCACAUAUUAUUAAGUGUGUAGAUUUUUCUGACCCCAGCUUCUCUUUGCCUGUACCAGUAAAACUUCUCUGUUACAGGAGUUUUCCAUUAAAGUCAUUUUAUUGCCAUGACCUAAACAUUGUUUAAGUAGCCUUUAUUUUUGCCAAAAGUCAUGUCAUGGGAGUAACUCGAUGUACAAAAAUAAUGCUAUAAAAUAUCGGAUGUUAAUGGGCUUCUGCGGUAGCUUUUGACGUAACGUGUUUACUUGUGUGAGAUCUCCAGGUAGUUUUCUUUGACGUCAGUCCCACAGUCAUUCCUGGUCCUUUCCCCUCUAAUACUGUACGUUCUCUCCCAUGAGUGUCUUUCCUCAUCACAACCGAUUUUCCCUUUUCAGCUGCAGAUUUCUCUUUUUCCUUCCUAAAACUCACUCAGCGACCCUAUUAGUGCAUUCAGGGGGUCAAACGUACACACACACACAUCACUGGCGUGACUAUCUUCCUCCUCUGUGUACACAAACUCAACUUUUCAAGGGCCAAGGAGAGGUUACUGCAGCAUUGCUAAGCAACAUAAGAACAGCCAGAAAGAUUAACCAAACAUUUUAGCUCUUUAUCCUGAAAAACAAAAUGUGAUGACUCAUUUGUACUCCUUGUUAAAAGUUGCAUAUGUCAUAAGGCUGAGGUUAUGGCCAGUUUAAAAGUUAGGCAGUACGUUCUGCUUGGAUUGAAUUCCUUUCUAAAAGUCCAAGAAAGUAAAACUUAAAAUUGAUUUAUUAUUUUUUUUUUACUUUUCUUUCCAUAAAAGUGUAAUUAAUUUGAAAGUGAAGUCCUUAAAAAGUAGGUUGAACAGUCGUUUAAAAAUGAUGGUUACAUUUACAGCCAAAGGACUGAUAGCCAAGUUUUGAUGUCUUGAGGGCACGUGGCCAUCGCAAAUGUAGGUAAUAAAGUUGCUGGACAGUAGACAGUGAGAGUAGUUAAAGUAUUGUUGAAUAUUAAAACACACGAAGAUCCCACUUAUACAAGAAUUUAAUUGUUUAAUUACCAUUUAAACAGAGUCAAUGGAAGAGUUAAAUUUUGUUGUGCAAAUUGAUGUCAGAGCUGAUGUCAGUCAAAGGGUAAGGGGUGAACAUAUUUGCAUAGCCAUACCAUGUUAUAUGCACUGUUAGACUAAAAAAGGCGCCACAAGCAGUUAAAACAGUUAAAAGUUAGUGGGAGCAUUUGGACUGUUUAUGUUGGUUUGAUUUGAUUGGAUUUGAACACUGAGAGCAGAGGAUUUGUCAUUUCAAAAGAAGGAAAUAAAAUCUCUUCAGGUGUCAGAAUCAAUCAAGGCAUCAUAGUUAGUAUUUAUAGUAACACAAGUAUGAGCAAUGACAGCACGUUAAGUGUCUGUACGUUAAAGACCCACCCAAGUUUUUAGCCCAAAUCACAUUACCUGUGUCGUUUUCUUCUGCAGAGCUCCAGUAGCUCAUUAGUAAUUCACCUUUGAGUCAUGGGUGGAGACAGUGCUGCUCUGCACACUUCUCCUCGAGUUAGCUUGCAGCCUAAAAUUGCCGGUAUAGUAGAAGAAAUAGGUAACAUUGGAGCUAUUCAGCUCUCGGACACUAGGGGCAUGACAAAAGCUAAUAUCAUAAUUAGAUUUCUAACGAGCAUUUCAAUCCGCUAAAGCAGACGCUUGUUCUGUGAUGGUUUUCUCUAUUUCUCCGAGCCUGGCCUGCAUAGCGGGGCAACGGGGGCGGAGCUUGGAUUAGUGAUGUCGGAAAUCUCACUGUAUCUAAACCUGCCAUUUGGGCCUGCCAGAGAUUCACAGUGAUUUGAAUGAAGAAAUACUCAGAAAUGCAAUUUUGCAUUUAUUUUUCUCAUGAUUUGUCCUCUAGUAUCAGGAAAAUGCCAUAUGAACAUGUGGACAACAAGAAAAAAAUGAUUUUCAUUGGAGUGGGUCUUAAAAGAAAUAAGCACCACUUAAUGUAUGAUGUAAUGCAUUGCCACCUCUUCGGCUCUACAAAAGUUACGCCAAAAAGUCAUCAGUAUUAUUAACGUUCUAAUUCUACCAUUAACUAUAUGCAUACACAUUUAACUUAAAGCUCCUGUUAGGAGUUUUGUGACAUUUGUGAAUUUGACCGAUAUUCAUAUUGAUGCCUUUUUAUGACCUAAAAAAAGCAAACAAGACCAUCAGUGACAACAUUAACAAUUUUGAUACCAUACUUCUCCAAAUACUUGUGCGAGGGGGUAAGUGUUAGACUCAGUUUUGAUUUUAAAGUUUGUCCCGUCUGUCAACAUGUCAAAAGUAAAAUCCAGUUUAAGGGAGCCGCCAUGUCUUUUUAUCCAGUCUACGGUGAAGACAGAUGCAUCACAUAAACUCACCUCUGUGCUGUAAAGAUAUGAUCUGUAGGAUACAGUGAUUUUUAUUGCCGAGCACACAAACUGAGGCACAGAGUUGUAGGCACAGCAGUAAUUGAAAUAUUAAAUGAAAAGCACUGACGAAGCUUUCUGAGAGUCUGCAGUUAUAGACAAUAGUAGACACUGAGUUUGCACAUUACUGGUGACGGCUUUUAGGUAGAGAGAGCUCCUGUCCUUCAAUCAUUUCAGCUUCUUCUUCUCUUUCAGCUCAUUCUUUUGACCUCUCCUCUCUGAUAUCUCCCUAUCUUCCUGCCCAAAUAGCUAGCAGCCUACAUAUGAUGGACAGAUGCUCACCAUGCAAAUAUGCCUUUAAAAAUCCUUGCGUCCUUUAUCUUGAGCCGAACACGUUCACAUGAAUUCAGCACUUUUUUCGGAGUCACAUUUUUUAGCACCCACACAGUUUUCUCUGUACAUCUCUUAAUAUCCAAUCAAUCAACUUGUCAGGAAGAUUAAUAUGAUUUGCGUUGUGAAAUGUGUAGCUGUGCGCUUAGUCCCAGUGUAAGGUUUUUCAAAAUGACAGAGCCAAAUGGAAAUGAUUCCAAACAGGCUUUAAUGGACUGCUCCAGAGUGGGAUGAAACAUUCAUGGAAAGUUUCUAAAUGCACAAGAACAUGAACUUUAUCGUGUAUUUAGUUUGAGUUUAAGUAGCUGGAAACUGCAUGUAGAUGUAACGCCUUUUUCCUCUCAUUGCACUCCAUUUUUUCUGCUGACCCAGGAACUGAAAAACAUGCUGUUUACCUCCCUCCAUAACAUAUUCAUUUUGUUUUCCUCUUUUAAAAUGUUCUCCUCUCCACUCUUUUUUUCUCCCAUUGACCUUACCUCACCUCUCUGCAGUCUCUGGGAAGAGAAGCAAUAUCUGGAGAGGGAGAAUGAAAUUCAGCCCAAACCUGCGGUAAGUUCAUCAUUGCACCAUCCAGGUGUAGUUUUCAGAGUCUGUGGAUUACUACUGAGACAGCGGUCUUCAGAGGGGAUAAAUAUGACUUUAAACCUCCAUCCAGGCGUAAUCCUUCCAUAUGAAGACUGGCUCUUUUCGCAGCUAUAUGAAGAAAUGUAAAGUAAUACAGUUCUUAUUAGAGUCCCCCUUUUAGAUUUAGUGAUGAGUUUUCAAAGUUUUUACCUGUGUGUGUUUUACUGGAUGGAUCAAGUGAACUGACAACAGGAAAAUAAAGAGAGUACUGCAUUUCCUCACUGCCUUAAAGGUAAAUAUGUUGAAAUUCAAAACCACAGAGAUUGUUUGUCAUGGCACAGAAAAUAGAGAAUCUGAUCAGAGGUACAAGAAUAUCAACACAUGACCCCGAGGUCAAUCAUAAAUCUUGAACAAAAUCCUUCUGUUUGUGCUGCUGCUGGCAAAAGUAGCUACAGUUCGAGCUGCGUUGAACUUGUUGAAUAAAUUCACCAGCUUUAAUUAACUUUUGGAUUUUGGAUGCUUUUGGGGUUCAAUUAUGCAACCAGCGUUUAAUUGCUGAUUACAAUAACAAACACUCCAAGUGUUAUACAGUUCUGCCUUCCUUCCUCUGGCUUGUACAAUUGUCAUAGCGUACAAAUCUUCAGUUCUCAUGGGUCAAAACAGCGUGUCAUGGGAGGAUUGGUUCAAAGAAAUCAAACAGAAUACCACACUCAAACCAUCUUGUGCUAAGUUUAAAAAUGGAAAAUGUUAGAGUAAUUUUGUCAAUAAAUAUCAAACAAUCAAGCGCUUUUAUGAAUAAAAAGCAUUAACAAGAACAGCUCAGGUAAUUUAUUCAGUAACAGGGUUUGUAAAAGGGCCUUUUAUGAGUCCUUUUCCCACUUGAUUUACGGUAUCAAAUGCAGUACUAACUCCAAUGAAGGACUCAAGGGCCCUCUGGGAGUUUGCAUUCUUUUCUUUCUAUCAGCCCCUCCCACACACAAACAUGUCUGACACAUAUGAUUAAUAAGCUGUGUUUUUCAUCAUGGAGUCUUCAGUGUAUUUCUCUUUGCUUUGCUUUAUGAACAGUAAAUGGAUACUGGACUGAGUGGAGCCAUAAAAUACAAUUUAAAUUGAUGACAUUUAUCAAGUUACAUUAAAAACAACUAACAGACACCAUUGUUUUCAUCCAUACUAGAGCUGGUAACAGCACAUAAAGAAGUUUUACAUCUACAGACUAUAAAGACCAAAUGGAUUUGGCUUCCCUCUUGCCAGAAAACAUAAGCAAAUGCAGCAAUACAUUAAGAAAGCAUUUUUUCUAAUGGACAGCAGGGGUUUGUUGCAAAAAGUAGCUUAAAGGUCCUCUGGUGAACUUUUUGAUUUUGUCAGUUUUGGCGCCCCCUGUGGAAAAAGCAGUCCUUGCUUAUCUUCUCAGUAGGCCUGAUUGACAUCUUCUGACAAAUAGUCUCAUCCUGCUGACUUUUUAAAGCCAAAUGUAUCAUUUGUUGUGAAUAUUUCAUGUGGAACAUUUAUAUUAGGUCUGCGCGAUAUGGCCUCAAUUUAAUAUCAUGAUAUAUUGAGCAGUUCACCCCAAUAGCGAUAAAUGGAUGAUAACUACUCCACAAGCUGCUCACCCCCUUCCACAUUAACUUCAUCUACUUUACCCACUGCUAAAACUUUUGAACCUUCCUCCAUCUCCUCACCUGUCUUUCCCUCUUUGUUACAAAGUGGAUUGGGUGGAGUCACAUCUCCGAUGUAGGACAGGGUCUUUAAGUGACAUGAGACCAUAGCCUACCUACACACAUCCAAAACCAACUUUUAUUUAUUUAUUUUUUUGACACUGAAUAUACCGAUGGGUUAAAUGACAUCUGUUAUUGUUGUAAAUUUUGGUAUUGGUAAACUUUCGGUUUAUCACUCUGCCCUAAUUUAAAUAUACAUAUAUGUACAUAAAAAGGCUGUUCCUUUAGUGGAUAACUUUUUUAUAGAUAUCGAUAACUUUAUUUAUUUCCUUUAUAGUAGAUAACUUUUUGAGACAUUUUACAUGAAACAACAGACGAUUGAAUUUCCCUUCAGGGAUUAAUUAAGUUAUUCUUAUUCUUAUUAUUCAGCAACCUUCUCAUAUCAGUUUUAAGCAGUAAAUAUUACAAUGUAAAAAUCGUCAGCUAGUCUUCUCACCAGGGAUCUUAUUUGCUUUUGCUUUUGUAGUUUCCAGAUUCUAGAUGAGUUUCAGUCAGCAUUCAAAUGUGCUCAAAGUCAUUGAUCUUUAUGGUGCUUCUUUAGAAAUCAUUAGGUGAUAUAACUGACAUUAUGUCCAGGUUUUCUACAGUCCGUGUUUAUUGGAGAUCACUUAAAAAUUAAGACUUAGCCCAUACUCUCUUUAUGGACCAUGUUUUAUUUUAUUAUAUAUCUCCAACUGAAAAGAGAGAUAUCAGUGUAUAUAACAUCGUGCUUCACCCUAACCUCCUGAGUUCUGUGGGACACUUCUGAUAUCUUAUGUCUACAACUGAGUUAAGUCCCAAAGAAGAGUUGAAAAAAACAACUGUAUUUAUUCUACCCGUACAGGUCGAGCUCAAUUAAAUUGUCAACAAUAGUUGUCACUGUCUUGAUGCUUGAUCUAACUCUGUUGGUGGGUCCUCCAGGAGCUGGAGAGCAGAACAAAGAUCCUGCAGGACACAAAUGAAAAUCUGAGGAGAGAAGUUGCCCAGAGACAACUGGAAGUCAGGUAUUUGAUCUGGCUGCUGAUGAGUUCACUCAUACUGCCCCCUCAGACUGAUACAGGUGUUACAAAGAAACUUCACUGGCAUCAUCUUUUAAAGCUUCUUUUUAUCUUUCAGCCAAAAUAAGUGGUGCUUUCAUUUCAAAUUUAAUCAGAUAAUAAGGAUUCUUUUUGUGUCCUGCCCCGCACAGAAAUCUGAUGGAAGAUGUGGAAACCCAUGAAGUGCAGAUAUCGAAAGAACAGAAAGAGCUGGAAGACAAGAAAGAGAUCAUAGAGCUCAAAGAGGUGUGUGUGCAUGAGCACGAGUGUGUGUGUAAGUGGGCAUACCUCACAGCCCAACAUCAAUAGCAAAACAAAUGUCCUCCAUUGCUGCGUGUGUGUGUGUGUGUGUGUGUGUGUGUGUGUGUGUGUGUGUGUGUGUGUGUGUGUGUGUGUGUGUGUGUGUGUGUGUGUGUGUGUGUGUGCAGGCUGAGAAAGCGCAGCUCAUUAGCGUACCUGACCAGAUUCUAAAGGAGGUUGAAAGGAAACGCUCGAAAAAGGAGUAAGUACAUCUAACUCCUUAAUAUUUUUUAUUUGAAAGAGCAGGGAACUUAAUGUUUGCAACUGCAGGAAUAAAAAUUAGGUGGUUAAGGCCAAGUGAGAAAACACUGCAAAGGAAAAACAGCAGUGAUUUCUUUUGAAAAAACUCCCUGUUUCAUACAGUCUUUUUUCUGUGUGCUCAAAUCCCUCUGUAAUCUGUCUCCUUUUCUUCAUCUUGAGCUCCUGUACAUAAAAGAACAGGAUUACACUGGAUGAGAUCUGAGCUCACAUUCUGUAGUUUUCAUAAGGACAGAGCAUUUGCAGCUAAUUGUUUGUUUUUAUUUUGCUCAGUGUAAACUUGUGAUCGUGUGAUCGACAGAAAAACAAACACAAUCUGUGCUAAUCUGAAAGAAAAAAAACGGUACGUUUGUUUUUUUUCCUGCAGCAGAUUCCAGGUUUGUUCAUGUUGUUUGGUUUUCCUCUCUGAAUUGGAUCUUCAUAUCCACAAUCCUUUUGAUAUUCAGCAGAUUUUUGCAAACUCUGUGCAGAUGCAUAUUUUAGCCUAAAUGAGAGGCUCAGAAAUGAAGGUAUAUUUGUUGGGAUGACUUGGUGAUUAAUAAUUUAAAGGCGCAAGUCCAAUACAUGCAACAUGUUCUAUUAUUUUUUAACUCGAGCUGCUGAAGUCAAAAAUCCUCGUCCUUACCAGAGAAUGGUUCCACUUGAAGCUCCUCUGCAGUCUCUUUUAUGUUUAUUUCAAAUUAAUAUUAGCCUUGCAAGUGCUGCAGUGGAACUGUCUCUAUGAGCUGUGUGAGCUAUGACUUGUAAUUUGAAAUUCACAAAGCUGAGGGGCACUGAGGGGAGUGUGUAAAAUAUGGAUACACAUGCUGUUAUUUCAUAAGAUGUGCCCCCUUCCAGUGCAAGUGUGAAGUUAUAGCGGAUACUCUGCUCUUGGUCUUCCUUUGUGUGACUGGAAAUUGUCCAUCAUCUUCCCCAAACGUUUUAGAGCUGCUGUAAAGAAGAUGGAAGCGCUAAAUACAGAGAUUUCAGAUGUGAAGCAGUAUGUGAAGCAGGUGGAGCAGAAGAACGCCACACUGAGGAACAUGAAAAAGGAGCUGAAUGAGGAGCUGAAGCAUCUGCAGGCCAAAGUCGAGGCCGGUCAGAGGGAGGGCAGACUGUUAGUAAAGGAGCAGGAGGUUAAACGAGAGGAAGAGGCUGAAUUAACAGGAAACAGGUACAAGAUCUCAGUACAAAAAAAAAAUAUGACACUGCAAGAAAAUUGGAGUGUAUUGCUUGAUUGUUGCAUAUUCCCUCACCAGAGGAAUCCUGGAAAUGAAGCUGCAGAAUGUCAUGUGUGACAGAAAGUACUUGUAUGAGAGCCAAUCUGUGCAGCUCCGGGAGAAAAACAGGUAAACCGUGACGGAAAAUCAGUCUCCACUGCACAUGAAAAUGAGUCACUGCAUCCCCAUACAUUAACCCUGUGUCAUAAACAUCAUAUUCAGAAUAAAUAUGUUCCUUACAUACAUUUACAGAGAUUUUACUUUUAACAGCCCAUUUCCAUACACUCAAGAUUUAUCACUGACUGUGCAAAGCUUGGUUUCUGAGGAGGCCCUGUGAAGUCUAAUGAUAAAGGUCCUCAUACUGGAAAUGCAAGCCCUUAAUAAAGCAAAUUUAUGCAAUAUCCUUAGCUUUAUCAUGAAAACAGAGAUUGAGAUUUUUUAUUUUUUUGAAGACUGUCAACAUGUCUAUUCCUUCUUUUAAAGGGAUAUUCUGACGUAAAAUUCAAACACAACGUAACACCAAGUUAGACACCCCCUCGAGAGAUGAAUGCUGCAGACUGCUUGCUUCUCUAGUUAUACUAGUAAUGACCGCACAAUAGCAAUACAUAGCGGUCUAAGAAGCCAAUGCACACAUCUUCACCAAAGGGCCACAAAUAGCCACAAAUAAUGCUCAGAACAGCACCUAACUUCAUCAACAGUACAUUUAGGGCCUCAGUCAUUGCACUAACCACCAAACAUCUUUUUAACUUUAUCCUAAUUUCUUUAGCAAAAACACUAAACACAACUUUCUCUCUUCCAGCAGCCGCUUGUUUGUACGGAGACCCCAGACAAGUCCAUCACCGACUGCAGCGGGGUGAUGCAGCUCAAGGAAGAACAUUUAUGAUCAUUACAUUUCCUUGAAGUAAUAAUCACCAUAUUAAUCAUUUUGCACUGCAGACGUGGUAGUUCUCCUGCCUUAGCGUCUCCAUCUGAUUGCAUUCCCAUAAAGAAAUGAUCAGAAAUGUUCUUCCUUGAGCUGCGUCACCCCGCUGCAGUCGGUGAUGGACUGGUCCAAGGUCUCUCUACAAACAAGUGGCUGUUGGAAGAGAGUGGGUAGGUUGUGUUUAGUCUCUUUACUAAAGAAAGUUUGGUGGCUAGUGCUGUGGCUGGGACCCUAUAUGUACUGUUGAUGAAGUUAGGUGCUGUUCUGAGCAUUAUUUGUGGCUAUAGAGUGACUUUUUGGUUGAGGUGUGCAUGUUGGCUCCUUAGACCGCUGUGUAUUGCUAUCCUGCCAUCGUUACAAAAGUUGGUAGCGCUGGAGAAGCAAGCGGUCUGCAACAUUCAUCUCUCAAGGGGGUCUCUAACUCAGUGUGUUUGGCCUUAAAAUUGGUUUUAUGCCAGAAUAUCCCUUUAAGUUAGAAAUCUUAACAUUAGCUCUGUUGCACUUCUGCAUUCGCAUUUUUCCAGCUGUAUUUCACUGAUGGUAACCUGCAAAUUUGUUUCUUAAAGUUGAAGCAGGGCCACUCUAUAGCCACAAAUAAUGCUCAGAGCAGCACCUAACUUCAUCAACAGUACAUAUUGGGUCCUCGCCACAGCACUUACCACCAAACAUAAAUAAGCACGACUAUAUAAUCAUGAUUGCACAGAGGAUACAAUGAUUUUGGCAGUUACUUACAAGGUGCCUGUGUUUCCCCUCAGGCAAAUGCAAGCCUUGAAGAGGUUGGAGCAGGCCCUGACCACGACCACAGAGCAGCUAGAACACACUCAGACUAUCUACAAGGAGCUACAGGCACAGGUGACCUGUGUGUUCACUUCAAAUGACUCAAGAAGAAGCAGGAAUUCAACUUUUAUGAGUAAACAUACAUGAAGUAGUUACUGGUGUUAGCAGCUGGUUAAGAAAUAGAUUCAGUUUUUGGCAGAGGUUUCGGAACAUUUGUGGGGUGAAAAUGUCAUUGUGACCAUAAUCACCAUCUUUAAUCUACAUGACACAAGAGGCUUUUUUAUUAUCCUGGAGCUUCCUGUCAUUUAACAGAUGUUAACAGUUUUCAUAGCAAAAGAGAAAGAGAGUGACGGUCAUGGGAAAUGUGUCAGCACAUCUCCAAAACACAUAAAAUUGCUAUGACACGCUUGGGAAUCCAACACUGAGCAAAUGCUGAAAACAAAGUAGUUGGACAGUUUAAUUCAUGUGUUUGUGCUGCUCUGCCAAUCAAUAACAACUCUCACAUGGACAUUUACUCAUAAUAGAUUUGACUGUAAAGUGUCAGACAUUGAGUCUGCCGGAUAACCACAAAAAUGCAUCAUCAAUCUAAAAUCGGAUCGGAUAAAUGACUUUGAUAUUUCAAAAUAUUGCAUUAAAAACAUUUCACAGCAUGGAUUCUAGAGGAUUUGAACUACUUAUGGUAACCUCAAACAAAUCUCAAACCUACUGAUCUUGUCUGAUUGGCCUAUGAGGGACUAAUAAUCUUUGAAUUUGAGAUGAUGAAGCUUAUACCACAGAACACAAAGCCUGAAACCCUGCAGAGAGGGGCCAUCUUAAGGCCUAGAGGCAUUUAUUAAUUAUGAGUUUCAGGGUUUUUAGUGUCACUGGAUUUAACGGCUAUCUUAAACCCCAGGGCAACUCUGAUGUAUCGUGUUAAUUAUUUUGCUAUCAAUGUUUCAUACGGGAUUUAAUAUGAAGAAGAGACUGGAUUUGGUUUGAAGUUUGAUCAUUUCUUUACGGAUCUCAAAGAUCUUUUCCUCUUUAAUAUGUAAAAAUGUAUCCUGAGAAAUUAAUUAUAAUACAUUCUUAUAGCCUUCUGCCUAGAACUUGAGUUUUUUUUUUACUUUUGUAAGUGUACAGAAAUGUUAAUCAUGCUUUCUUACUGGCUUUACAUUCUGACUUGAAUUUUCAGUUAGAUGCCAUUCCCCAAAGAGAUGCCAACACUCAGCAGCGGAUGGAGCUUCAGAAAGAAGUGGAUGCUCUCAGGGUCAGCUUUGAAAACAAGGUAGGAACCAUGAGCGUGGGUGGACACUUUGUCAUAAGCAUUUGUGAUGUAAAUUGUUAAGUAGGAACAGCCAUAAAGAGAUCCAUCAUUUCUGGAGCAUUGUUGUUUUUCUUUAGUCUUGAUUCACCUCCUGUCAGACAUGGUUUUAAAAUAUGUCUCUGUAACUUUUUACCCUGUCUCCUCUCUCUCUUACUUUUCUCCAAACCUUCCCUUUGGGUUAAGGUCUGGACUGUGGCACAGAAAGUUUCAAUUUCCAUCCUCUAUUCAUCAUUCUUACAUUAAGGAACCCUUAGUCCACUUUGCUCCCAUUCUCCUGUCACUAACAAUUCAAUCUGGGGCAAAUUGCUGCAGUGACAUUUUUCGUCUCAAAACUAUUCUCAGUAUGUUCUAACCCAGCUAUCACGAGCAGAGGAGGAGAACAGGAAGGAGCAGCAGUAUGGGAUGAUUCAGGAGCUGCUGAGGGAGUCAAACUGCCUCAGAGAAGAACUCCAUAACCUCCGAUGUUUGACACAGAUCAAAGCCGAGGAGAGGGGCCAGAAGCACCGUGAACGGCUUAGAGCUGAGGUUUAAUAACGGCACAAAGACACACACAACACACAAAUACACAGAUGUGCGUUUAAAAGAGGUUACGCCGCUGUCAUUUGUGCAUUUAAUCACUUAUGCAGACAAAUUCAUGCAUAUUUCAUACAUCAAUGUCUCAAAAACAUCAAAGGCGCUCUUAUUUUAGUCACUUUAGUGUGACAGGAAAGCAGCCAAAUAUGAUUUAGAAAAACACUUUUUCAGAGAGUGAAAUGUCUGAGCUUUACUUCCCUACCAAAUGUUAGUGUCCCCAUAAAGGGGUUUUCAGUAUGAUUGGUAACAAAUAUAGGGACUCAGCAAUUUUUCGGUAUAUAAAAUUGAAGCCGAAGUCCAAGGUGAGCAUUUUUCAGCUGAAAUGACUCUAAAAACUACUUUUUCAUUUUGCUUUUGCUGAAAUCAUACAUAUGCACAUUUUCCUUCAAUACUAUAUAAAGCAUUGACAUUUACGACAACAGAGACCUGAUUAGACAGUUAAAAAGAAUCAGUUUAUUAAUCCCACCUUUAAAAAUCUAUAGCAUUGAACCAGGACUGCAAGAUCAGCGAACUCUGUGCUUUUUUUAUGCAUUUAAACUGUCAGAAGAAAAGCUGCUAAAUCACUGAAAAACUGCUCACUCACAAAUACAAUUGAAGUCUGAUGUUUGUGAGCUUUCUCUCUCGCACACAUACACACCCUCGUGGAAGUGAUGAGACUGUAAUUUUACCUGUGUAACUCCAUCCGCAGCAGCUGAACCAGCACAUCCAGCAGGAGCUGCAAGAAAAAGCCUUAAUCAUCACGGACCACAACAAGCUGAAUACUAUGCUGCAGCGCAGGUGUCACCCUUGUUUCCUCCUCCUAUUUCCUUGUCAGCCACCUUUCAUUAAACACAAAAGGGUGGGAUGUGAUAAAGUGGUUACAAACACACCACCAAGCAGUUAAAAGGAAGUAUAAGUGGAGGAAUAAUAACCUGCCUGUCUACAGGUUUCUUGUCUCUUGCACUCAGGCCCUCUUUCUUACUUUUUAUAAUACAGACCUUUACAUUAGACGGCAUAUUACUGUUGUUUCCUCUGCUUUCUUUUGGGUCAGAUGCAGAAGCAGCAAUGUGCAUAUUCAAUUCCUUCAAACAGAAUAUUGAUGUGACAAGUUUCCCAAAUGAAAAUUGAUUCCCUUGUUAUUUGUUUGCAUCUCCUGAUCUUUGUAACAGCUGGGAUCACAAUUAAUUCAGACAUCUGCACAUGUUGUCUGGGCAGAAAAGCAUAACCUCCUAAUUGGUCAUACUUCAGUGUACAGACGCAGACUAAUGCGUUGGGUACCACCCAGUACAACAGCAGACGCUCGCAGUGCAUUCAAUUAGGUCCAGACCACAGAUUACAGUCUGAUGUGGAUACACUUGACAUGGAAUCUGUUCGGAAAUUUGCAUCUUGUCGAGCAAAAAAAAACAGAGCAGGAUGAUAAUUAAAUGUCGUGCUCGCUCACUCUGCGAUUGUAAUCAGAAAACUGUUCUCGUUUUUAGCAAUUAUUGUUCACAACUGGCAUGUUUUACAUGAACUGUGAACUGGAAUUUAAUGAAAUGUCACAUUGCAUUAGAUUUAAAAUCUGUCACAACUUUUUGAUUCACUCGUAACUUAUUAUGAUCCUCAACACAGUUUUUAACUGUCUUGCCUUCAUAUUUUAGUGGACUUUUUUGUAAUCAGUCUUUGUCCUCUCAGGCUUUCACAAUAUUGUAAGCUGUGCCAUAUGAUCAUGGAAGAGAAGAAUAAGUACAUCAAGCUGAAGGAGAUCGCCUCCCAGACAAUCACAGAGCUAACAGAGCAGGUGAAAGUGCUGGAAAAUGAGAGAGAAAUCCAACAUACCAUGGCCAUCAACAAGGACAGGUGUGUUUUGUCGAUGGAGAACUGGGGGUUGUGCAGGGUUCAUACACAGCUUCGAAGCAUGAUGUUUUAUGCAAGUCAUUUCUAAGUCCAGAUUUUUACAGGGAAAAAAAUAUAUCAAGGAUGGUGAAAUGAUUGCCUCAGACUUUCAGCUUUAUUCUGCUCCCUUUGCCAUUGCAUAUAAUCACAAAUAGCCAGUUAUUCAGCUUGUCCUGAACAUUUAUGUUCCAUGUAAUGAUGUAGCCAUAUAAAAAGGAAAUGAAGUGCCAAAGUGAUACAAGUGGUGGUAGCAUUAGUGAGGAUAAGUCCUACUUGUUAUUUGGGAUAGUAGAGUGUGGACUGAAAUGCAACCUUUGAAAAAAUGGAAGUUUAUUUUUUCCACCAAUAACCCCUCUGUGGACAUUGUUAGAUAAGGUACCCAGGCUGAAGGAUGGAUUACUAAUGUUGCCAGAACUGGGGAUAGGGGGAGUAAUAACUUCAAAUUUUAAACCAUUCAGCUGCAGAACAUCAGUGGUGUCAGGAUUUCAGGAUUUAACAGGGCACAGAGCUGAGUGUCAUCUGCAGAGCGGUGAAAGUCUACAGCAAUGUCCCUGCAGGUCUGCAAUUUGCAUGUAUAAGUGAAUAAAAUGGGACCCAAGGUGGCUCCCUGGGGUAACCCACAUGAGAUGGGACCACUAGAGGAGGAGGCAUUUUCAAGCAUUUUGAAAAAGACCUGUUUGACGGACAGGAAAUGAACCAGUCCACUUUCAUUUUACUAAUUCCAACAGAGUAUUUCGGAUGGCUGAUUAAGACACUGCGGUUGACUGUAUCAAAUGCUGAAGGAGGGUCAAGAAGAGUUAGCAUAGAGUCAGAUUUAGCCACAAUAAGACAUUAGAGACCCUCUCCAGAGCAGUAAACAUAAUAUCAGUUGUCAUUGUUACACUUUUAUUGACUAGAGAAUUUUUUAAAAUAAAAGAACAUAGAUCUUCACCCCUGUUGUUUUGUUUGUAUGUACAUCAUAUGUCUGUCUCCAUUCUAGAUCCCUAACAAAGGCUCGUAUGAAACUCUCAAAUAUUUCUAAAAUGAGGGAUAAACUCCACAAUGACAUAUCCAAGGUAAAGACACACAUGCGCACACACAAACAAAAACAGUCAAAUCACACUGCAGUCACAAACAAAACUAUUUCGGAAGAUUAAUUAGAUUUGUUUUAAGGACUUCUAGUGUAUAAUUCAAGACUACAGAGCUAAAUACAGAUGCAGAGUCAAACUCCUGCUGAGCUGUUUGAGAGCGAUGCAAAUUUCUAACAGGGUUCUUAAACCUUGUUUUUGACAGCUUGAGAGUUCAGGAGGCAAACUUAAACUUUUCCACUAUUUAUCUUUGCAUGUUACAUAAGACACUCAAAAAGCAACACCCAGCGUUCAUUUUUGAAAAGUUUGUGAACUUCUGUGUUGACUGCCGUGGCUGUUGCUGUCACCUUUAAGUGGAGAUUCAUUUCGUCGCACGUAAUAGCAGGAAACAUUCGCUACUUAAACUGCUUUCAAGACUGAGAACUGUAGUGGUGUUAAAAGGUGUCAUUUUCUUUAUUUUGUGAUUCAGGCAGCCUGGAAGCAACAACAGAUCAGUCAGGAGUUGGAGGACAACAAACUGGAAUCAAUGAGACUCGCGAAAAUGAUAAACACCCAGGAGCAAGCACUUCUGGAAAUAAACAGGAAUCAUGAAACUGCCAUACAGCGCCGCAAUUUUCUGUAAAGUCAAAAUCUGAUGCUUACAUAACACUAACUCCUGAGUUUAAGAACAGCAUCUUGAUAAGAAAUGACAAAUUAUGCCUGUAUCUCAAUUUCUGUGUUAUUCUUGUACAGUGGCAUUCAGCUGCUGGAGCAUGAGGAGGUGUUGUUUCACUACCAGAAGAAAGUGGACACCCAGGAAGGUGCCAUUAUUAAGGGCAAUGUGGGUCUGGACGCUCUAGAGAAGGAGAUGAGAGACUUGGAACUGGCUAUAAACGAGAAGAAGAGACAGAUAAAGCUGAAGAAGACAGGAGUGCCCUUAAAUAAAAAGUUGGAGGAAGAGAUCACCGUGCUGCAGAUUGAGGUAGGGAUCAACCUACACACUUGAACACAUCAUUACACAGCUCACGGUGAAAAUGUUCCCUAAUGGCAGCUUUCAUUUCAACAUCUGAACGCCAUCGUAAGCCCUCUGUUAGUAAGUCAUUAAAAUCCAUAGCUGUACUCUGAUAGAAAAGGAAGUUUUUGUAUCUCAAGUUUCAUCUCUGCCAACUAAUUACUUGCAAAAGAUGUGGGUGUGAAGACGUGUCCUCUUUAAAAUGGUCAGGGAUGGAUGAUGGACGAAUUUCAUGGAAAUCAUCCAUUCCUCUUUUGUUUGAACAGCGAUGACAGUGUCUCAGUGACAGUUUCACUAUACGCCUACUUCUUCUUCCUCUGAAUCUUCUCUUAUUUCUCGCCAGAAAGGAAUAAAAACAGUCGAUCUGCAGUGAAUGGAAGUAAACCUAUAUAGUGUCUUUAAGUUACAGUGAAGCACAGCUGCUCUGUUUUGUUUUGUUUUUGUAGUUUUUGCCAUAUGUCUAUGCAAGAGCCAGCUUUUGUCACAUAUCCAGCACACACUGGAUUCAAAGUCCUUUCUCGGAGGCAGGUUUCCUUGUCUCUUAACUCUCUCUGGAGUGAUCAGAUGAUAAAUGUUCAACCGACAAAGACAGAUUGUGUGUAUACGUGAGCAAGAUUUCAUUAGAAUGUUUUUGGCAAAUUCUGUAUGGUUGUAUACAUAUCCGUGUCCAACAGUGCUGCAGGCUGUUGUCCAGCUGCGUGUCUGUGUGUGAAGGAGCAAUUUUUGACAUUUAUUGGAUUUAUGCAGGAAGAGUCCUCAUUGGUCCUCAGGGAGUACAUGAUUGUGUUUAUAUGUGAGCUGAAUCUAGGGUAUUGAAAACUAUUAUUCAACAAUAUGUGUAUCUUUGUAAAGUUAGGGGAACUCCAGACAGUGUAGUUUGGCACAAGCUCCUGAUGACUUCACCUAAAACGUGCACUCCAAGUUUCAGUCUGAGCUGGUCUCUGUUUUGAGGAAGACUGUUUACAACAGGUUUUUUUACUACUUUUCGGGGAUUUUGUCUUAAAGGGAUAUUGCAGCGUAAAAUUAAGUUAAGGUCAAACACACUGUAACACAGAGUUAGACACCCAGAGAGAUGGUUGUUGCCGACCACUUCUCUAGUUAUACCAACUUUAGUAAUGAUCGCAUGAUACCAAUACAGAGAGCCAUGCGCACAACCAAAACACCACUCUAUAGCCACAUAUAAUGCUUAGAACAGCACCUAACUUCAUCAACAGUACGUAUAGGGUCCCAGCCAUAGCAUUAACCACCAAACAUUUUUUUAGCUUUGCCUGAUGAGACUUAACACAACUCACCCUCUCUCUUCCAGCAGCCGCUUGUUUGAAUGGAGACCUUCAGGCAAGUCUAUCCACUGCAGCUGGGUGGCGCAGCUCAAGGAAGAACAUUUCUGAUCAUUUCUUCAUGGAAAUGCAAUCAGACAGAGACACUAAGGCAGAAGAACUAUCCCGUCUGCAGUUCAAAAUGAUUAAUAUGAUGAUUAUUACUUCAAGGAAAUGAUAAAGUAAUGAUAAUAAAUGUUCUUCCUUGAGCUGCGUCACCUCGCUGCAGUGGACAGACUUACCUGGAGGUCUCUGUUCAAACAAGCGGCUGCUGGAAGAGAGAGGGUGAGUUGUGUUUAGUCUCAUCAGGCAAAGCUAAAAAAAUGUUUGGUGGCUAGUGCUAUGACUGGGACCCUUUAUGUACUGUUGAUGAAGUUAGGUGCUAUUCUGAGCAUUAUUUGUGGCUAUAGAGUGGUGUUUUGGUUGAGCACGUGGCUCUCUGUAUUGCUAUCUGCGGUCAUUACUAAGCAAGCGGUCGGCAACAUUCAUCUCUCGACGGGGUGUCUAACUUGGUGUUACGAUGUGUUUGACCCUAACUUUAAUUUUAUGCCGCAAUAUCCCUUUAAAUCAAAUGAGUCAAGUUUGAGAUUCUUCUUUGCAUACAGUAGAUAAAUGCAAAUUGUUUGUUUUGACUGAAAUACAAAUUCAAAAUUUGACUUCAGGGGUUUCUACCCCUUUUGCACAAGCAAUCACAGAUCCUCAAACUCUUUUCCUUGGCUGUUAGGAAGAUAUCACAGAAAAUUGAACAUUUAUGAUUGUGUGGUUUCUUGCUUGUUUUUGGAAGCUGAUCCUACCACUUUGUUUUUUAAAGGUGUAGUUAACAUUUGAGCCUCACAACAAAACUUAUGCAAACUCCACCCUCCUGACAGGCAUGCAGAGAGAGAAGCUGAACCAAGAGAGACAACCAAAACAUGCUCACAGCAGAAUUUUGGCAUAGAAAAACGGAGACGCACAUGAAUAACAAACACAUUCAUGCCUCUUUACAUUACAUAGAUGGUGACAGACACGCAGAAGGAGAAAGAUUUGACAUAAACAAACACAUGCUGUGUUUUUCUGCCAGUGGCUGCAUCAUGGGAUUGGGUGUGUUGCUGCUCAGGAUCAGAGUGACUGGUUUUGACUUGCUGUUGGACCAGACUUCUGUCUUCUGAGUCUUGUGCUCCUUUGGAUGAACGCAAUUUUGGAACAGACUCCACCAUGUGGUUCUUUUUUUUUUUUUCUUUAAAAAACAUUCUUUUCUAUUUCCUCCAUCUGUUCACUCCUUCUGCUGUUUACCAUUUGCUACAAACCUUUAUUUGCCUUUUUUUUCACUCUUGUUUUCCAUAGUUUCUAAUAUUUUGCUCCUUUGACCCUCCUUCUCCUCAAGUACUGUCCAACUUUUUUACCGUCUUCAUGAGGCUUUUUUUGUAGGGUUUUGUUUUUUUAUUUUUUGUUCAGCUUUUAUUAUCACAGAAAGUCCCCUCUAGCCCUCCAGCCUCCUUUUUCUUUGCACAUUUUUCUCCACUACAUUUUAUUUUUCUGCUUGACCUUGCAUUUGGCUGAAGAUCCGGUACAUUCCAACCCUCUCCUUUUUCAGGAAUGAUAUAGCAGCGUGCUUUAUGAAUGGCAAUGACUGCCUGCUGCUUGGUCCCCCACUUUAGACCAGAGGGAAAUAUUUUAAAAAGCUAUUGAGGCAUUUACCAAAAAAAAAUGAAAAUUCAGACUUCAACAUCCUCCUGAGGAUGAAAAGUAUCAAAGCCUUUUAGCAUGCUAAUACAUUUUAAGGUCUAGCAGAUAGAAAUGGAAAUAUUUAGUAAUAUCUUGCAGUCAGAUUUGAGAUUGAACCACUCUCUUGCUCACCCCUCCUGUCACUGAAGUGACGAUGGCCUUUGAGGACAAGAAGCUUUAGUGAUGCAAAAGUUUUCCAUCAAAAACAUCUUUUCAUGCAAAGUCUUUUGGCCACAAUAACCAACAACCUGCUCAUAUUAUGUUCCAUUUUAAGAAAUAAAUGGCUCUCAAUCUUACGCACUAUACGUACCUGUUCGCUUAGCACAAGCUGAGAGCUAUUUUCCUUGUUGUCCAGAUUUAAUUGUGACAAGUUCAACUCACACAUUCACACUGAUGAUAACAGCAUACAAAUGUUAAAACUAGGGCUGUCGAACAAUAGAUUUUAUUAUGACGAUUACUUGCAAUAUAUUGAGUUUUUUUUUAAUUUCAUGUUUGGAGUCCUAUGUCAUUGAAACUACUUUUCAAGUUGAGCUUAUCUUUAAGAUAACUUGAUAACACCUGCUUAUCCGCGGUUGGUUUGGCAGCACAUUUUUCCAACAUUCAAACUUUACUGCCUGAAACCAUUUAGGCAUAUGACUGGUCACAACAUGUGAGGGGAUACCUCUGAAUGGAGUCUCUUCAAAUGUUGACAAUCCUGCAGUUUUGUAAGCUCAGUUAAUUUCUUGAAUCAAGUUUCAUCAUCAGGUUCAUAGGGACUUGCAUGCUCUGAAACACUGUUGUCUGUCUGCUUAGCUUCUGCGUGUUAGUUCAAACAGGGACAUUACAUACAACAUUGCCACAAAAAAAUGAAAAAUGUGAUGCAUACAAGACAUCUAGCUUCAGCUAAUUUGCAGUCUUUGUCCCUGGUCAGGCUUUGGUGUGGGAUAAAAAAUACUGAAUACUAUCAUACAACUAAAGUGGAUAAUACAGUGGAUGGCUAGGUGACACGAAUAAAUAAACACAGCAACAAAAUUUAGGUUAACCAAUUACACAAGUUAAAUUUAACAGUAAAUAUUAAUAAAGUGUGAUAUUGACAGUGACUUGAGAGAAGUUAAUGUUCACACUUCUGCUGCUGCUUCAGCCAAUGUUUAGCUUUGACACUAAACCUCUUUAGUUCUGUUUGGGAACUAAACAGAUUUUCACCUAGAAUGCCAAUAAAACCAUCAAACCAUUAAGAUAUGCGUGCCCUUUAUUUGGGAUUUUUGUGUGUGUUGUCACUGUCACAUUAGUAUGGUGGAGGUUAAGUGCAUCAUCAAGGAAUAAAGGAUUUAAGAGUUCGAGACUAAAGCUGUAGUUUUGUAAAGAGCUGAGUCAUAAAUUUCUGAGAAUAAAGUUGAACCCUUUCAUCUCAACUGAACUUCAUUUAAACAGCACCUCUCAUACAUAUAAACAUGCCGCUCAAAGUGCUUCACUUAAAAACACAAAGACAGGAAAUCAAAGUUAAAAGGAUAAUGGAAAUAUGAGAGUGGAUGAAUUAUAUAUAUAUAUAUAUACACACACACACAUAUAUGUAUGUAUAUAUAUAUAUAUAUAUAUAUAUAUAUAUACAUAUAUUUUUUUUUUUUGUAAAGCAUAUUGGUAGGCCCCUGGUUGUUUUAAAUGUGCUAUAUAAAUAAAUAUGUAUAUAUUUAAAUAUAAAUAAAGCUGACAUUAACAUUGACAAUGACAAAUAAAUACAUAAUAAAGAGAUUUUUUUUUAAAAAGAACAAGAUAAAUUCAUGGUAAUAAACUUGUGAAUGAACAAGAUUAGAGUUAUAAAUUGACAAUGUCAGAGACUUUGAUUGUACAAGAUUAAAGUCAUUAAUUUAUGAGGAAAAAAUUCACAAGAGUAGGAAAAUCAAGUCAUACAUCUACAGAAGAAAGCAUUUACUUUUCAACAAGAAAGCUGUAAUUUUCAUGAGGAUAGUAUUGUUAUUUCAUUAAGAAAGAUGUCAGAAUAAUUGGCUUUGAUUACUUAUGUGUAAAUAUAUACAGGGGGGUAUCAGGAGGAAGGCCAGCUGCCUGCAGCUAAAUGAGGAAUGUGGAUCAUCUUGUGACAUUUUUCUGCAGAAUUAAGAGAAACAGCAUUUUCAGAUUAUGCACAGGCUGCCUAUUAGCCUGGCCUCCUUCGGAAUAGACUCAGUGUCCUACACCAUCAAUUCAGAAUCCUAAUUUUUAUGAUAGUGCGGUGUUGAUGUGCUGAAAGACUGGCUAUAAAGUUUUUUUUAUGUAUCCUCUACCUCGGUAUAACUUUCCUCACUUGGUGGUGGGCUGAUCUUGUGAACUAUCCCAUCAAAAAUAUAAAGACCAAACUCAGGGUCUUAUUGUUUUACGACUUAAUCUGAAAAUUUAUGACUGAAUUUGGAUAAUUUCAGUUGCUCUUCUUUCGUGUGUCCUUUGUGUAUGUAAGUGUUCAAACACUGCUGUCAUUAUAAACAGCCUCACAGAGCUGCUAGCUUAACUAUAGAGCUGUUAAAACUUGGAAAAACAAUCAACAGUUAUCACCCUGACUAGUGAAUCAAUUCAUUAGUUCAGUGAUGCAUUCAUCCAUGCGCUCGUUCCAUAUUUCUCUCAAUCUUCUGUCUGUAGAUUGCAGAUCAUUUUCUAAAUCACUGUUUUCCCCCCUGACAGCUGUCUAGCUCCCCUGAGUGAGAAAAAAAGCGACUCACUUGGGUCGCUUCUUUUUCGGAGAGCUUCAUCGUCCCAGUCAAUUCAUUCUCUUUGCGAAUUCAAUUUCCACCCAGCUGCCUUGCUGUGGAUUUAUUAUAUAUUUGUGUAUUUGUAUUCAUCUGUGACCAGUUUAUCUGUUCAUUUCAGACGCAGACGCCCCCCUCCCCCUGAUGGGAAAUUUUGACAAAGAUAGAUCGAGCCAUCUGUGAGACUAUUGAAGUUCAAUAUACUCUGAGGCUUUCAUUUGCUCAGAGGAAUUUUAAUUGCUGCAAAAUAUACAGAGGUUGGUGUCGAAUUCUGGAUUUACUACUUGUUCAUGAGUUGCUGGUGCGUUGUCAGCUCAAACACACAUACAGGUGCGCUUGCAUCAGUGCACACACUCAGAUCAGUGUCUUGUCGGCGCAGUUGUCAUAAUUGCCUCGCAGCAACAUAUGAAUAUUGCUCAACAAUCCACUAAUGACUGGCUGUACUUCUGUUCGCUGAAGUCAGAUGCAUAAUCUCACAAACACUCAGGCAGAGAUCUUGUCGGUGUGCAUACACACACAGUCAGUAAUGGGGUAGGAUUUAUAUCAGGGCGGAGCUGACGUACUGCACCGUCCCAAAGGUGGUGAGUCAUCUUGUUGGUCUGUCCCUCUCUUAAAUCUUAGUCCAACCUGUCUGGAACUUAUUACCAAGGGGAAACAUGCUGUGAAUCCUGUCGCGGGCAAGUUAAUGUGUUUUGAAAUCGAGGCUUCAAGGGAGAUAGGCAGAGAAAACGCACAAGAAGUAGGCACACAGAUUUUAAAAAGGCUGACAGUUGUGUGACUAUGCUGUCAGUUGGUGUGUGCAAAAGUCCUCCUCAACCAAUUGGAGUUAAAUGGUAACCUGCCAAAUCUGAUUUUCUUGCUCUCAGACACAUUUGGAUUGAUCCCAAAUGUAGUCACGAUAGAAGUGCAGAAUUCCAGAGAUGAUAUCUUCUUGUAAGACCACCAGUGAGUUAGCAGCUGUUCAAAACUCCCACGGCAGAUUUCUAAUGAGAUGUAUACACUGGCUUUUCAGACUGAGAGAAAAUAUACACCUGGAUGCUCUUCUUCAUACUGAGAGGAUAACUCUAUAUCAUAUACAAUCACUUAUCACUUAAAGGCACUGUGAGGAGUUUUUAACUGGUUUAGGAACAGACUGAAAAUGAUACUAAAGCCUCUUCAGAAGUAAACAAGACCAUCAGCCAGAAGGCAGACCAUUUCAUUGUAGUCAUUUUUGAUGCUUAAAGCCUCUGAGAGAGAGGGUAAUGGUCAGACCAGAUAGUUGACAACAUGCUGGAAAAAAACAGCCCUUUUUUCCCUGCUGCAAAUACUCCUUGUGAGUGAAAUAUUUUCCCCUCAAAGACAACACAAGUUUUUUUUGACUGAAAAAGCCACAUAAGCUCAUAAAGAAUGAGAUAAGAGGUAUCACUUUGUCCCUAGAAGAUGCCAAUGUCAACACAAGCCAAAAGUUCCUCACUGCAGCUGUAAAAGAUAGUCUAAAUUCAAAGAUUUACAGGUUCUGCCUUCUGAUUGAAGUACUUUUUUAGUCUUAGCUGUUUGUAGUUCAAGUAUUGUUGAUCAGGCUUUGAUGUGAGGAGGAAAAACAGUCCAUAUGGAGAACCAUGCAAAUGGAUUAGGAUAAUCUGACAAGGUUUAUUUAUGUCUAUAAACAGAUAUCUGCAUGAAAGUGCAGCCAACAAUCUGUUCAGGAUAAUGAAUAGCCAAUCAGCGUAGAGAUUUCCUGACUCCCUAGAAUUUUAUCAAUUUGACCUCCAUUGAACAAUGGAGCAUUUUAAGAGUUGUUUCCUUCUCUUUCAAUCUAGUUUCUCUCCCUAUUUUAGAGGAUGUUUUUUUCUCCUCUUAAAGAAAGACUUGACAAACCUUAAAUUUCACUUUUUACAAAUUUACAUCUUAUUUUUGGCAACUUAAGACCCAUUGAUUGUCAGCAAAUUGUGACAAAGUAAGCUUCUUAGGUUUUUAGGUCUAUGCCACUAGAGUAAGUCAACAUUAAACAAUGUGUAACUGACCAUUAACAGUGAAACUGAGACUCACAAUAAACUCCCCUGGGGAUGUAAUCCAUCAAGAAGAGACACUUUGUCUUGCAAACAUAUCUUAAGGUCAUCUGAACGCAAGGUUGCUUCUCAAAAUGCUUAUCAGACUGUAGACAAUACAGUGCACAGAAAAAGGAGCAUUGGCUGGAAACCAGAAAGCCCCAAAAAAAGAGUCCAUUGUACCAAGAGGCAAAUAUAAAUUUCUGAGGAAAGUCAGCAACAUUGGACACCAAGUAUUUUAUCUUUUAUGACCUUACCUUAACUUUUACCUUUUCUAUUUCUUUUUGUGUCCCUGUUACAGACUGAGGGCAAAAGCUUUUGUUAUAUAGGACUUCAGUGUAUCCACUCAACUUUUGGUACUUUUGGACAUCAGCUUCUACUUGACUUUAUCUUACAAUGCAGAUGUAUCCCUCCUCUGAUGACAUUAUGAUCCUAAAGAUUAUUUUUAAGUCAUCUCCCCCUCUGUACACUCCAGGAUUACCCUUUCUAAAGAAUUAAAAAUAAAAUAGAUGGUUAAAAAAAAAAACAUUUUAUCUCUGAAAUAUAUCUAUUAUUAUUUACAAACACAGCAGUUGCGCAUCAGCUUCAUUUCUCCAGACCAGAGGCUGCAACUUGGGUGCUCCUCCUAACUUGGGAGAUAUCCGAAUUGUACCCGAAGCUUAAUGAUGUUUUAGACUGUGUUUAACAAAACCACUGAAUGCUCAGUGAUUUUGGUAAAACACAAAUUCCUAGUAUUCAGUCAUUCAUGUGGGUGAUAAGCCAGCUGUUCAGUGACCAAAUACACAGUUGUGUAUGGACGCAGUUCUGGAUAAACUGCACAUAUCACAAUGUGGGGAUACUGGGAUCUGGGAUAUGUCAUAGCUGAUUUCCACAGAGAAAAGGAAGGAAGAAAGAAAGAAAGGAAGGAAGGAGGGAAGGAAGGAAGGAAAGAACUAACGAAAAUUCCGGGAAUUUUCAAAGUUGGAAACUUUCCAUAGGAAUUAACGGGAAUAUAUGGUGAUUAAUGGGAAUAAACCACAAAUUUACAAAAUUGAAGGUUGGCCCUCAACAGGGAACUUAAAUAUAGCUGGGGAAAAUAUGUUGUAGCAUAAUCUUGGCUAAAACAACCAGAUUUAAUGCAAGUACACACCUCAAUCACAUGCACACAGCACACUGCUUACUGCAGGGCUAUUGAGGCCACAACCCUUACAUGCACUGUGGGGGGGCACUCACCGGACUCACCAGCUAUUAGUAAAUUUACAGCCUACCUCAUCAAGAAACUGUGCACAGCAUGGCGAGGGUCAAUGAAAGUAGCCUACUAUUUUGCCCCAGCCACUCAAACAACCAAGCUAGCAGGACAAGUGUCCUGCUUCCACCGACUGGUGACGAUCAGUCUCUACAGCGAGAGGCUCACACACCGAGGAUCUUUCACAAUGUUACACACGUGCACACGCACACACACAGAGCAGCGAUCUGAAGUUAACAUCAGUAUUAACUGUAUAAACUUCAUCACCAGAGUCUCCCUCAUUAACACACCUGUCUCCUCUCAUCCACACAGACAAACUUGUGUUCACCAAGAACGGAGAUCUGAUAUGAAAUAAAGGAGGAAACGUGACCUCAAAAAAUAUAAAAUGUCCUGAUCUCUGUCCACCACACAUCCGAGCAGAGAUAUAACUGAUCAAACCUUCAGGAAAUAUUUCUUAUCUUCACUCUGGUGUCUAAAACAGUCAGCAUUAUCAGUCAUCCAGCUCCAACAGUUUAAUAAUCCACUGAUAUUAUUCAGCUGCAUUGAACAUCCUUUGGGGGAGCCCAGCUCGAAAAAGGUUGAGAACCCCUGUUUUAAAGCAAAGCUGACCUGGUCAUUACUUUGUCAUUAUCGCCGCAACUCAUUUUACUCAAAGUUGUUUCUGAUACCAAGUGACUUGCUGUAUUUAUGUAUAAGCUGAGUUAAAAUGCAUAACUUAAUAUCCAAUUAUAAUUCAUGCCUCACUUUGGGCUCAUGAAAGGUUCAGUUAAGCUCCUCUGCUCACAUGUUCUGCUAAUUAACCUCACAUAACCUUAUUAUGAUUCAGAUUCUUCUGCCGUUUUCCUUUACUGACCUUUCUGCUUUACUGCUCUGUCCCUUUGUCUUUUAUGCUCUGUGAUUGUGAGGCACCUUGUAUCCUCAUUUAUGGAGUUGGUAUAUAAAUCAGGUCAUUAUUUCUCUUUAAUUUUAUUCCGUUUGGCGUACCUUUUGUCAUUGAUUAUGCAGUUGUUUUAACCAAUAUGCUAACUCAAUAACUGGACAAGGAUUAUGUAAAGAAUAUGAUAAUUCAUUCUACAUAGUUGCUGCCACAUGUUAAACCGUGUAGUGCUUUCAUGAGCCAAGAAAGCAGCAAUUCUUUGUGGCUGUCAGAUGAAGAAAACAGGGAGGCAGGCAGGCAGAACAGAGACACUGACACAGAGACGGAUGAAUACAAAGAGAAAGACAAACAUCGGCGUAUACAAACAGAGAGCAGGAGGACGGGCAUAAAAACGUUAAAAACGAGGGCACAACAAUGGAAGAAAAAUGAUUUAUUGAAGAGAGGAGAAGGAGAGUGACAGAGACGGGCCAUAUUCAUCCAUCACGCAGUGUUUAAAUGGCUCAGGGUUGUCACGUAUGAGGGUGGUACACAGAUCAAUCAAACUCAAAAGUCAGGAGUGGGGACACACUUGGUAUUUUCAGAUUCGAAUGCAGUUGAAAAGUUAAUCUUCGUUUAAAGCUCUGAAAUAAAUCACAACAUCCCUAAUGCACUGAGCUUUCUUUACCCUUAAUAUUUAUUCAUCCAUUGUAACAUCAGAGGAGUAAGCUAGGUGGUCAAAUCAAUACAUCAUUCACAGCAAACACAGAGGAUUUCUUUAUUGAUUUCUUGGAGUUAUAAUCAGCUAGAAGAAAAUGAAGUUCUAUCUUUUCUUUCUGCUGUGAUAAAGUCUGUCUACAUGCGUAGCUCCUAUGGGGUUGCCUGCUUGUUUGACUGUCCACAGACUACAAAUGUUAGCAUUGGUAAGCCCAUUGAAACAUUAUGUCAUUGGAGAGCACUGGAGAUCAUGUUAUUUAUGUAUCUGACAACUCCUCAAGCAUUAACAGCUGUGUAUCAUCAUGGGAGUAAUAAGAAAUGUCGGAACAAGAACGUCACAGCCUAAUGCAGGGCUGUUCUAGCCAACUGAUAGCAGCUUUUUUUCUUAAAGGUGGGGUAGGCAGGAUCUGAGGAAGUACCAUUUUUUGGGAGAAAUCUUGAGUGUAAACACUACCUCUCCUAACCAGUUUUCCCCUCAGCUCCUCCUCUACCCUCCAUCUCUACUCCAGCAAGCCCCACCCACAAACGUCCUCGCCCAAUUAAAUUCAGAUAUAAUGCAGAUAAAUACUUUGAUGUGAAAGUAAACAGCAUUGGUGCUACGGGUAGAUGCCAACCGACUACCAACAAACACAAUGUUUGCAGGACUUCUAAGACCAUGAUAAAGUGACAUACUCCAGGACCCGAGGUAAACAGUUUAGCAGCGCUACAACACGCAGCAGGUCCUGUUUGACAAGAAACACUUCUGUUAAAGACACUUGGCUUACUUUGUUAAAACAGUUUACCUGUCAAGCAGAAAGGUUAUAGGGUCCGGAAGAUCCCGAAGCAUACCCCAUCAUUUUGACCCGGCUUUUUAGCUCCUGCCUGGUCUACCUCCUUUUUAAGCGCCCGUUAUUCCACCAGAGUCUCCAGUAUUUACUUAGUUAUCUUGCUUAUGUUGGCGGUUGUGGCCAAAAGAGGAUUCAGACAAUUUUCUGGUUGGUUUACUGUCCGAUUUUGUAUCACGCUAACUUUGUUUGGGCUCGUGAAUGUUAUUCAAGAACGUGGAGCGUGCCUCAUAACACGAGGGAGCAGCGUCUGCCUCACAACCAAUCAGGUUGGGGGGAGGUGGCGCAUGGCUUUGUUUACAGUCAGAAAGAGCGGGCCACUCAAAAAAUUUAAAAUGUUGACUACACAGACAGGACAAAAAACAUUGAUAUUGUUAUAUUACCAAAUGUCAUCAAUAACUAAUAGCUAUUGACUGAUAUUGAAAGCUUUUUUGUAUGUUCACCACAAAAAUGCUUCUUUAACGGAUUUUACCUACCCCACCUUUAAUGCAUCAUGGUAAUUUUCAUGGUGUUGGAUAACCACACAGCCACAACUACACCAAAGAAAGAGAGACUGUAAUGGUUAGCCAGUCUCCUUUAUAUACAUUUGAAAAACAGCAAACUGGCUGUGCAGAGGCUUGAUAAUGACCACUUGGUAUGGCUAAAUAUUUCCAUCCCUACACCCUGUGCCUUAGACACAAGUUAGGAGUUGGACUUGGGAGGUAUCUUUAACUCCCCUUAUCACAGUGUGGUACCCUACAUGUGCAUGUUCAGUAGGAUAUGGCAACAUUUCACUGGUUUUUAUAGCCUAAUCUCAGUUUUGCAAACUGUCUUGGCAUGCAUACACCCUGAGCAAGGUUUUGUUGUCAAAAUCAUGUUCUCAGUGAAACUGCAGAUAACCCUGCAUGGUCCCUGUUGGUCAGUCCCAGUUCCUGCUCCUCCACAUCUCUUUUCCGUCUCUGUCUCAUUCUCAUCCACAUCCUUCUUUGCCUUUUUUUUCUCACUCUGAGCUUCAUGUUGCCUGCUGUCCUUUGCUCUUUUUUCGCUGUAUCUCUUUCAUCUGACACCAUUAACACUUUCUCUGUUUACAUCAGAUCCAGCCCAUCUCCAUCUCUGCAUUUCAGCCUCAUUGAACUUACAUUGAACUUUUAAAUGAGUCACAUGACAGUCAUACUUACAAGUUAAACUUGAGUCAUGUGACUUCAAUAGAAGGACCGUCAUGUGACUUCCUCAAGAGAGGAAGCAUCUUUGAAGGGGCUGGUGGAGGUUAAUCUUCAUUAAUCUCUUCCGUAAAAGGAGCGGAAACGGGGGUCAUCACUUUGUUCCACGCUGUCUUUAAGUCUUCAGCAAACCCUCACAUUAGAUACAGGCACAUAAACAUACACUGCCUGUGUAUGGAUGAGUGGAGAAAAGCUAAGCUGCUAUUUCAUAAGCCAGAUCAUGUAAGGUCAGACCGCCUGUGUACAACAUUUUUCCUCACCCUGUUUUCCUCCUCCUCUCCUCCCUGCUUCUCUGUUCAUUUUCUGCUGUCCAUCCAAUCCAUUUUUUCACAUGUAUUUAUCUUCCUCUUCGAUCUCCUCAGGCAUCAGUUCAAUUUUUUUUCUUUUUUUUUGUGUCUCUUUUUUCUCUCCUCUGUCACCAAGUCUGAUUUUUCUUCUUUCAGUUUUCUGCUCACAUCCCUUUUACGGUCCCUGCCAUGGUUCCCUGAUCAUCUCAGCUUCAUAUACUUUUAUAUAAAGACUACAUUUAUUCCACUCUAAUGGGGCCAUUGGGCUUUUUCAUUAACUUUCCAAUACAGAUACUGGCGCUACUUUAAUUACUGAUUUCAGACUACAAUCUCUUAUCACAGUUUAAGACACCACUUAUUUUUGUUCCCCCUAAUCUAGAUAAAACUUCUCACACUACACCUAACACAUGACAUAACAUAUAGACCAGUUAGAUUCGAACUAUGUCCUCUUCACAGUUGUGUGUUUAUUAAGCACAGAUUAUUUCCCAAACUUUGAUGAGUCCCGUAUUUUUCUCAGAGCUGAUUAAUCUUUUACUUUAUGCAGUGACAGAAACACUAAGCACUGAGCAACACUAAGCCUUUGAACCGACUGCUUUGAACAAGUCAGAAACCCAGAUUUGCUCAAUCGGCAUCAAGCCUCUUUUAAUGUCCUCUUCAAAUACCUUGAAAGAAUUGAACGUGUGUUAUUCCCUGUGAGUCAUGUGUAUAAAUUCUGUAUCAUCAGGUGUAUUGACUGCACUUUCUCAUCAAGAUGAAAUUUAUACCCCUUUCCUCCAAAAUCCAGUCUGACAUAUUUGGGGUGUUUAAAGUUUUAUGAUUAAAAAAAAAAAGGCAAAGCAGAAGAUUUUUACAAGUGAGAAGCUGCAAUCACUUUGUUUGGUAUUUUGACUUGAUAGAUGUUUUAAAGGCGCCGUGCAGACACCAAACCAAAAAGUUGACAGAUCCUGACCUGUUUUUGUUUUUGCACCCCAUAGAUCGGUGGAGUAGCCUCAAACAAAAUCCAUACUUAAAAGCUGUGAAACAAAGCAAAGAAACAUCAAUUUCACCUCCAGUUAUGCUCGAGACUAUUCCCUGUUGAAACUCUGUGGGCUAGGUUAAGCUAAGCAAAUCAGAUGCUGGAGGCUGGUGGAAGCUUAGUGUUCACCAUGUUGAUACAAAAGUGGUACUACAGUUCUUACCGCUCUAAUCCACUCACUCAACCAUUGCAGCUGUUUCAAGAUAAUGUCAGCUCAAGGCCAGAAACCAAAAUUCCAGCACUGUCCCCACUCCCUUUAUUUUAAUUUAACUUGUCCUCCUGCUGGCCCUUUUACCUCUUUUUUACUCUGAUAUCGUUUACUCCUGUCUUUUUUCUGUUGUCUUUUUUGGAUGUCUGAAUAUUUUUAAAAAAACCUCAAGAGGGGUUUCUUUCGUCAGACUUUGCUCCUGACUUGUAAGUAAGUGCUGUGCAGGAGUGGUUCCAUUUAGCUGCAGAAUAUCAUUGGACUUGUUUAAGUUCCCUCUACAUAAGGAUAAGUCACUUGGAAACACACAGCAGCUGACUCACUGGUGUCCUCGGUGUGCUGUCCUGUAGCCAACGAUCAAGUUAUUUCCAUUACUAAAUCUCAGUGACAGUGAGCAUUAAAGUUGGCCUGCAUGAGCAGCAAACACGUCAGUAAACUCUUGACUUACACAUUUUCUAAUUUCUUUUUUUGAUCAUCAAGUUGUCAGAGGCCAGGGACAAGACACUUGAGGGUCUUAAUCGAACAACUGGAUAUAAAGAGCUGAAAGGAAAAGACCCUUCACCUGUCGAGCUCAUCAAGAAGAUCGAGCAGGUUUGUACCGUCCUGAAGAGCAGUUCUGUGAAUAUUUCAAAAUGUGCGUCAUUGUUGUCUGUUUUUCUGUUUUAAUAAACCCGUAAUCAUUGUGUCUCUGUUCACGUAGCUGGAGGUGAAUCUAGCAGAGAGAGAGAGGCAGGUGCUGGAGAAAGAACUCCUUGUGGACCAGGUAACCCGGCUCUCGAAGCCGCUCAGCGAGCAGGCGGAGAACUGCCAACAGGACAGACUCUCACUGGCAAAGAAGGUAGACGAUGAGACACAGAGAGAGAUUUAAGGCUCAACUUGAACAGGGCAAAAUGACUUCUAGUAUUAAGUUAUUAGUUUAAGAGGAGGGCAGUCUUUACAUCUUUGUGACAUACGUUACUGGAGGAGCAUUUGUAGCUCAUGUGAGGAGCAUCCAGACAGGCACUGGGGAGUUCACCAAGCAUUAAAAUGUCCUCAUUCACUCACGUCUCCUCUCUUUGUUUUUCCUUGCUGUCUGUAUUCCUCUCACAUACUCAGCAAUUAUAAAUAGCCUUCACAAAAGCUCCUGGAACGAGUCUUAUUGGAUUUAACAUGAAUGCAGAUUAAUUUGCAGAGAUGUAACACCAAAUUUAUGUAAGGCAAAGGUCCACUUCCAGCACCAGCUAUACAAGGAUGUGUAAGUCUGCACCUGCUGCCACAGUAAAGGAACAAGGGUGUAUGGUUAAACGACACAGCGCUAAAUUAGUCUAUGUUUGAUGAUUAGCCUCACAUCGUGGCUUCUGUAUCUGUCAAACAUGGAAUCCAUAUCAGAAAGCAUGUUAAAUCAGUGUGAAAUCCGCCCCUUAUCUCUCUCUGUGUUCUCUGCCUCCAGCUGAACGAGCUCCGAGCUCAAAUAAUCGACACCAACCACCGUUUAUUGGCCGUUUCUGCAGACCUUUCCAUGAAGCAAGCUGUUGCUCUGGCUCUUCAGCAGGAGAUCAAAGAGCGAGAGCUCCAGGUCAGAGGUGGUCCCAGUCACUCUCAGCUCAAAAAAAACAACGUUGUAACUCUGGAGUGUAAAAAUACUGUGAUCUUGGUUGCACACGCCAUGCCUCUGUCUCCCGCUGUCCUGCCCAAUCUUUCCCGUCACUCUCCACUGAACAUGAGCCAAGAUAACAAAGUGUGUCUUAUGAAUAAUCCUUCACUGUGCCCCAUAAUUCACCCCGAACUAUUAAAUUUGCUUAUUUACACAGAAAAGAAAAGAAAAAAAAAACGAAUGAAGAGGUGGACACAAGGGGGACAAAAAAUAUUCAAUAACAAUUUGCAUAACAAAUGAGUUACAAAUCAAUGAUGGGUUAACACAGGAGAUGAAAGUGCAAGGGAUCUGGGGUUAUUUGGCAAUAGCAUCCCUGUCCUACAGCGAGCUGAUUGAUACUUAUUCUUCACUCAACAUAAAUUCAGGAUCAAUAUAGUUAUUUACUGUUGUUUGACAAAAAGUCCCACAAAAAAUUUACUACACAGCUGCUGUUUAGCUUUUGACUGAACACAUUUAGAUUUCCUCAUUAUUAUUUUGGAUAAAUAUGUAGCUAAUGUUUGUCACUGUGUUUUAUGCUGCGUUCCAGUUACCUUGGAAGUCAGAUGUCAACGCUGAGAAUGACUCUACACCCGAGUUGUCGGCUUUCCAGUUAACAAGUAGAAAACCGAGAUGGACGCCCACUGUUAGCCAUUGUUAGCUGUUGUUUACAGUUGUCAGCUGUCGUUAGCUGUUGUCAGUUGUUGUUAGCGGUUGUCAGUUGUUAGCAGUUGUGUGCUGUUAGUUGUUGUUAACUAUACCAGUUGUAUAGAGUUCGAAAAAAAUAUUGAUGUUGGAAAUAAUCGCAUGAAAAAAACGCUCCCGGUGUGAAAGGACCUUCACCCGUUGUUAGCUGUUGUUUUCAAUUGUCAGCUGUUGUCGGUUGUUGUUAGCGGUUGUUAGCCAUUGUCAGCGGUUUUAGUUGUUGUCAGCUGUUGUUAGUUGUUGUUGGCGAUACCAUUUGUCAAAAACGCAUAACACAGUAUUUUACUCUUACCAACACCAUAGCACCAUGUUUACUGUUAAAUGUUGGCUCAGUACAACAUAUAACACUUUUACUGUGACUCUUUACUGUUAAUGCACUGUGCUGCCAUCUUGGAUUAUGACAUUGUCAUCAAGUCGUGGUUGGUGAGGAUCAUUUGACUUUCCGAGUCAGAAAUCCAAACUCAGGGGGGCACUCCAGAUGAAUUUCUGACUCGGAGCUCGAAAAUUCCGACUUCUGAGUACAACUGGAAUGCAGCAUUAAACCUGUCAGCUUACCAGUACAUCAAAAUAGCUGCUACUCUUUGCUUUUACUCAUGCUCAAAAGACUCAAUGUCACAUUAACAGUAAGUGAGCUUCAAAUUCUCUGUGUGGUAUUUGAAUAUUACAUUAAAGUAAGGGAUCGAGUAAAGUGAACCGGGGAAAAUCCCAGCAGGGUUAGACAAGAGCACUGAUGCUUCCUGUUGCCAGGUUACAAAAGCUGCCUUGUCAUUUCUUCUGCUUCUCUCACUGCUGACUGUUGAGUCCUUGUAUGCUUUGCAAUAGCUUUUAUAAAUUAUGUUACAAAGAAAAUCUUUGUGAAUAAUUAAUAUAAAUCAAUUAUUAGCAUGAGCAGCAGCUCGAGACCAGGAAAUGGUAAUUUAACCCAACAAGUGGUUGGCUUGUCCUGCAGGCCUUUGUGUUUGCUGUUGACAAAGCCGAAGUCAGGUGUCCCCACCCUCUUUGAAACUGAUUACUCUAUGAUGGAGAUGUGGCAGAGUUCAAAAAGUUUAACCACUCUGAAGCAAGUAUGGUGUCAGCUCAGCAAAAAAACAGCAGAUUCUGAGUGUGUUUUGUGUCUAGCACUGAAAACACCAUACUGCACUGUUUUUGUAUAGAAAACAGGCAUUACCAGCACAGAAACUGUUGUCAGUUGACACAGGCCCUAAUCCAAGUCAAAUCAAGUCCAAUGUAAAUCUUUGUUUAGCUCUCCACCACAUCCUGAGAGAAACAUGUGGCACUUUAACUUUCAAAUACCAGUAAAGAUGUACUUGUGUUCUGUGCAGUUGUACCAGUGUGCUGUGGGAUCAUCUCAUUUGCUAUGAUUGGACUAAAGUAAAAGGUAGUAAACAUCUAAGCCCCCCAUCAUCCAUGGGUCUGUUUCCAUGGAGUUCUACUGCAUGACAUGUUAGAUUUGAAUAACUCAUUCAUUCAAAUAUCACAGUUAAGUGUACUGACUGAUUAAAGGGAUCAUAAAAACCAUCAAUCACAGUUCAUUUCCACACCCAGAAAAGGCAAAAUGCUUAAAGUUCGUUGAGGCAAACUAUUUUAAAAUUCUGACUUGAACAGAGAGCCUCACAGCUCUCUGUCUCGAUGAAAAAUUAAAGUACUUAAACUGUGUGGAUUUCCCACACGUCUUGUAAAUGUUUCAAGAAAUGAGUGUUAAUAACCUGAGGAACCCCUGUAGCUGAUGUCUGCCUGCAGCACUACACAGACACAAACACAAGUAGAAAAUGCAGAGGUGUAACUUUGCCCAAAUUCUGACACUUAUAUGAGUUGUCUUUUUUUGAGGGUGCGGUUACAGCCAAACUGUGCCAGGGCUCUGCUGACUGGAGUGGCAUGAAUACAAAGUGAGUGUUUCUGUAUCUCCAGAUGGACAGGUGCCAACAGCAGCUGGAGCAGGGCCUGCCACCGUGCCCUGAUAUAGAGGAGGAGUGGAGGAGGAUGCUCAGAGACAAGAAGAGGAGGCAGAGGGACAAAGAGGAACGAGAGAGGGUAAAAAAAAACAUGUACAUAUAAAAAAUAAACACGGGUCAGGAUUAGAUGAAUGCACUGAGGGCAAGGGAAAAAAAGAUGGAGUGACAACGGAAAGAGAGGAGGAGCAGGGACACAUCUGAAAGUAGGAAUCGAUUAAAAUUCUGGGGGACAGAAAGGCUGCAGCAUACCAGCAAACCCAAACAGAGAAGAGAAUCAUUAACACACACACACAAACACAAAGAUUAGAGAGAAUACAAGCCCAAAGGAGGGCAGACCAGGAGACAAACACAAGGAGAGCUUGUCCACACAAGAAAGACACACAUGCUGUACAGGGAUCAGUUGUGUCUGAGACCAGUUCAGCUGUCUGCAGUGUAUCUGAGAAAGGACUGAUCAGUUCAAACAAAAAGAAAAGAAAGUGCCAAAAUGUAAUCCCUGUAUCUGAUAUGAAAAUGAAGCUGUUGCCCUCACUCUUCCCCACAGUUAAUCCUGCAUUCUCAGCUUCUUCUAAAAAUGUAAAUGUGUUUCUUCAGCCAGAUAGCACAAAUAUGUUUUUCCUGUUUAUGUAUUGGCAGUUCCUGAUCUUUUUUUUUCUAUUGUUAUUUUUAUUGCAUUCAAAGCUGUUAUUCCUUGUUUUUUGUUUUUUUGGGGGUUUUUUUUUCUGUGCAGCUCCUCAGAUCACAUGCCAGUGGAUAAACUGUUCAUAUGCAUGAGAAAAAUCGCCAUCUCUUUGAAGUCUCACUGAGAUUUAGGCACAGUUCAUUUGCAUGCUGGAGUGGGGCAAAAGUCAGAGGGGAAAGGACUGUUGUGCAUGCUGGAAGAUAUUUCCUUUCUCAGCGGGGGUUUGUGCCAUGGUUUUAAAUUGAUCCAUCAGCCAUACAGGGUUCAAAUCAAUUUUGUCUACCACUUUCAGGAUUUUUGAAGCCAUAUUUUUAGAUGUGUGAGAAAGGAGAAAGAUUUUCCAGCAACAGCUAGCUUACAAAAACUAAAUGUGAAGGAUGGUCCUUGGAGAGUAUAAAGAUUGACAAUAUGACAACUCCAUAUAAGCAAGGCCAAAAGAUUGAGAGUUACCCCCACAGGCUGGCAGCAGUACAGGCGUAGAGCCAAUCCUCUGUUAUUUUAAAGCUACAAUGAGGAGUUUUUUUUUUUUGACGGUAAUGAAACAGGCUGAUGUUUAUUUUUAUACUGUUUCAUGAUAUUCAAAAUCAAACAAGACCAUUAGGGACAAGAGUGACAAUUUCUGUUGUUAUUUUAAAUGCCUGAAACUGGUUUGAGGGGGAAAGGUGUCAGCUGGGCAGCUGAAGAAACAGCCUAAUUUAAAGGGAUAUUCCGGCGUAAAAUUAAUUUAGGGUCAAACACACCAUAACACCGAGUUAGACACCCCCUCAAGAAAUGAAUGUUGCCAACCGCUUGCUUCUCUAAUUAUACCAACUUUAGUAAAGACCGUACGAUAGCAAUACACGGCAGUCUGAGUAGCCAUAAACAAACCUCAAUCAAAACGCCACCCUAUAGCCACAAAUAAUGCUCAGAACACUAACUUCAUCAACAGUACAUAUAGGGUCCCAGCCAUGGUACUAGCCACCAAACAUCUUUUUAACUUUGCCUAAUUUCUUUAGCAAAGAGGCUAAACACAAUUCACCUACCCUUCUCCAGCAGCCGCUUGUUUGUAGCAAGACCUCGGGCCAGUCUGUUAUGGACAACAGCAAGGUGACGCAGCUCAAGGAAGAACAUUUAUGAUCAUUUCUUUAUCAUUUCCUUGAAGAAAUAAUCACCAUAUUAAUCAUUUUGCACUGCAGACACAGUAGUUCUUCUGCCUUAGCGUCUCAGUCUGAUUGCAUUUCCAUGAAGAAAUGAUCAUAAAUGUUCUUCCUUGAGCUGCGACACCCCACAGUAGUCCGUAAUGGACUGGCUCAAGGACUCGAUACAAACAAACGGCUGCUGGAAGAGAGUAGGUGAGUCGUGUUUAGUCUCUUUGCUAAAGAAAUGCGCCAAAGCUAAAAAGAUGUUUGGUGGUAGUGCUGUGGUUAGGACCCUAUAUGUACUGUUGAUGAAGUUAGGUGCUGUUCUGAGCUUUAUUCGUGGCUAUAAAGUGGCGUUUUGGUUGAGGUUUGUUUAUGGCUCCUCAGACCGCUGUGUAUUGCUAUCCUGCGGUCGUUACUAAAGUUGUUAAAACUAGAAAAGCAAGCAGUCGGCAACAUUCAUCUCUCGAGGGGGUGUCUUACUCGGUGUUACCGUGUGUUUAGCCCUAAAUUACUUUUACGUCAGAAUAUCCCUUUAAGAUGAUCACGAUAAAUGACACAAUUCAAUGACAAAAGUCAGCAGGACGAGAUUUUGUCAACAGACACUGUGGAGGACAGGAUAAGCAAAGCCUGCUCUGUCUGCAGGGGGAGUCAAUCACUAAUCUCCCUAAUGUUCGUUUUUAAACCCGUGGAUCAAACUUGGAUUGGCUUUCCAGUCCUGAGUUCUGUAUUCAGUGCUCAUUUUGUCCUUGCAUUUGUCUUAAUCUUUAAAAAUAUCAAUUAUUCCAUUUUCAAGAUUAAAAUUCAGGGAAAUUAAAUUUAAACUAUUUGUCCAAGGUCAUGCAGUCUUACAUUAAAUAUUAAAACAGCCCUUGGUCCGUGUGUGUGUGUGUGUGUGUGUGUGUGUGUGUGUGUGUGUGUGUGUGUGUGUGUGUGUGUGUGUGUGUGUGUUUGUGUGAGUAUAGCUGGCUGAAGAAGAGGGCUGGACUCAGUUGCCUAAUGGAGAGUACACCACAGCUGAAAUCCGUCCCAAUGCGUACAUCCCCCAGACAGAUGCACUCCCGCUGCCAAAACCGUACGGAGCCCAGGCCCCCUUCAAACCUUCCCAACCAGGUGCCAACAUGAGACACAUCCGCAAACCAACGCUGAAACCCUCAGAGACUUAAAACAACAAUACCAACACAUGCAUAAACCUGAGUCAGGGUUGUGCUUUUCAUUCAGAAACAUUUAAUCUCCACCUGAGCAUCCUAACUAAAUUAGUUUCCAGUGCAUAUCUGUCUUUUUUUUCUGUACUAACUUUUCAGCACACCACUGCUGUUUGUGCCAUUUGGGAGCAAACUUGCAGACUGCAUCUGUUUGUAAUUUUGUUUCCCUGUUUGUAACUUACUGGCAGCGACUUGUUUACACUCUUGCUCGCAGUUACACUAAAUACUGAAGUAGGAUGCAAGGCAAAAAAAUGAACAGGGAGAUAAAAAUGUACGUGUUUAUCAUUACAUCAUGCACACCGAUGUGUUGUCUUAGAUUUACUCCUGUUCUAAGCAACAUAUCAGUUUCUUUUUCAUACAUUGGACACGAUAAAUUUGUUUCUUUUAGACACUGCAAUAUUUCAACGUCUUUGUCCGCCAUGUUGCUGUUUCAUCCCCCGCACUUGUAAUCUUUCAGCUGUUUCAAGCUCCAAGCCAGGCUAAGAGUGCCAGUGUAAUGCCUGAAAUGAUAAAUGUAAACAGAGGAAGAAGAUUGGGCAAUGAAAGAGCGAAGAGGAUGACGAGAGAGAGCAGAAUGUAAAUGAGGAGGAACAAGAGAUUGCAAUCUGAAAGGGGAAUAAAGGGGAAAGAAACCGAUAAGAGGGGAGCUGUAAACGGGG